CAAGGCUGGCGAGCGAGCGAGAGAGCGAGCGGAGCGGAGCAGAGCCGCCCGCGCCUCUGCCCAGAAGCGCUCCAGCGGCGCCAAGGAGCAGGUAAGCGGCCGGCUCCUCCGCGCCAUCCCCGGCGGGUACCGCCAGCUUAACCGGAGGGCGGCGCGCCUCGCGGGACCCUAGAAGCGGCGUCGGGUUGCGGGAAGGGAAGCCCGAGGGGAGGCGGAGCGGCUGCUCCGGGCUGCUGUCGGGGCAAACCCGGUUAGGAAAGGGGAAACGGUGCGCAAAAAUGGUUCUUCCGAGGCGCGCUCGGCGCGCCUUCCGAGGUGGCGGGCGGUGCUGGGGCAGGGCUGGCUUUUCCGGAGGGGGAGAGGAGCUGCCCUCUCCGCUGAGGACCCUCCGCGAGUGUCCCUCUCCUCCCGACUCCUUGCAGGGCACGGGGCCGCCACUUCGGGGACCCAGAACAGGAGACCCCCGGCCAGCCCACGGAGCAGCAUGCAUCUGGAGGAUGGCUGAGGCGGGCCGAGGAAGCGCUGCCACCACGACCCACGGCGGGCUGCCCCGAAGCGAGAGGAGAGGAAUGAUUGCUGCGUGGGGAGCCUGGUCUUGCUUUUUCCUGGUCGCCACUGUGCACAGCCUCCCUGCAGCCAGGAUUCCUGUUCCAGACCCCGAAGAAACGCCGACAAGAGCACCAUUAGGUAAGGAAGCAGGAGGGCUUCUUUUCCCAGUUAUGCUUUAUUGCAUUUUUAAGCAUUUCACGGAUGCAUUCCAAAACGUAAGAAUUUUUUUCUUUUCUUUCAUCCACUUCCCAUCCCGUUUUCUGUAGUUUCUUAUUUCUGCACCCCUAUCUCCUCUCUCUUAUAACAUAACCCUAAUUACAAUGAUCUCUCAUUCCCUCUGUUGCUCAUAGUUCAAAUCCUGAUCACGAAUCCAUCAUGCUAUAAUAGUCCCGAAAAAGGCUUCCAUUCUUCAACAAAACAAUAAUCAUUAGGUUCUCUCGUUUUAGCUGUUAGCUUUGCUGAUUCCUCAGAGUCCAUCAUUUUACUUAUCCAUUCCUCUUCAGUGGGAAUUCCUCCUUCCUCUCCUUUUUGCGCAUAAGGAAUCCUAGCUGCUGUCAUUACAUACAUAAACAGCUUAAUCGUCUUUUUUGGAAGCACAGGACAGCAUGAAUAUAGUUGACAAGUUUGGGGUUUUUUUAUUGGUUGUUUUUUUUAUUAUUAUUCCAUGGUAUACAGGCUAAAAAGGUUAUAAGUCUUUUUAAAAUGGGAACACGCUUUGGAUGUCUACCUGCCUGAAAGGGUCCCAGUGUCUGAUCCCAGAAGACUUGGCUUCAGUUUGGCAACUUUUCCUUUCCAAUGCCAUCCCCCUGUGCGCAGUUUUACAGUGCCAUAGGACUUUGUAGUUUUUGUUGCAAAAGAGAAACACAGCUAUGCCUCUUAAGUUUGCUCUCUUGAGAAGUACGCAAGAAUAGAAUUGCUUCUGUUGCCUCCAGAACGGUCUGCUCUGCACGUUUGCGAUACUUUCCCUGCAUACUUGCAAACUGCUGCUGGAUCCACCAGAAGUAUUCCAACACCAAACUGUUACAGGUCAAGGGCAAAGUCUCCAAUAAUAAACUGAAGCACCUCAAAUGGUUAUUGUAGCAUUAACCAAAUGACAAAUGCUAGGGUGUAUGCACUUAGAUGCCUGUGGCUUCACAGAAAAGCGUAACUUGAUUUCCAUGCUGGAAAUAGUGGGUGUUCGGCCCACACAAAAAAUCUUUGUACUUUUGAAAUUUGAAAAUCUGGACUUGAAAGAAACAAGUCCUUCUUUCAAAUCCUUUUUUCUAGUCUCACAUGCAAUGAAGUGUUCUGUGCAUUGUAGUGUUACAUCUCCCAGCCAAAUGCUGCGUUUAAGGGAAUGGAGGAACAGGGUUGUUUGGGGGUCUUUGGGAAACUAGAAAUUGAAACAAGAGAGACAUGAACAUUUGUGCUGAACAUUUUAAAUAUCCAAAUGACUCAAUUUUAAAUAUCUAACUGACUCAGUUUAUUUUAAGCGGGAAACUCAUUGUAAAAUAUUGCUUAAACUAAACAUUUGGAGAGAGAGUUAAUCGUUUCCCCCUUUGUUAGCAGACAGUAAAAGUCAGUGUAUACAUCUGUAUACACCAUGCACAAAAAGUUCUAUCUGUGUCAGGUUUCCAUUGUUUGGGAAAGAGAUGAAACAUGCUUAGCAAACAAAUGAGGGUGGAAUAAAUGUGCUUCAUGGCAGCUAUUCACACCGGGACAUUAUUUCCCUUCUGUUUUCCUGGUACAGCUAUAGAUCACCCAGGGCAGUGCUAGUUUUCAAAGAAGAGAGGUGCCGGAACUCACCAUGAACACCUCCCUCUUUCUCUUAGAAUACCAAUGGUGCCCACCUGAUAGGUGCCGAAAUUGAGUUCCGUCUAUGGGGGGGGGGGACACCUGACCCAGGGUCAUUGUUUUAUUUUCAAAAAAAGUUUGACUAAAAUGCUGGGUUCUCCAUGUAGAUUGCCUGGCUCGUUUCCCCACAACUAAAUUGGUUGAAUAAUGGAGCAGCGUCUCUUCAAUUUGAUCCAAGUGGAUAAGUUUUGUACUGUAUAUGGAACAAGCUGUAUGCCUUGUAGAACAGUCCAGAAACUCACUAGGUAUACAGUCAGUUUGUUGAUCCAGUGUUUGCUCCUUCUUUCCUAGUGGACUGACCUUGUUCUGAGCUUUUAAACCAAUUCCUUUGGAGUAUGUAGCCACAUUUUGUAAGGUUCAGAAUGGGACCUCUGAACAAGCAAGUUUAGGACUGAGUUCCUUCACUGUACAGUAUUGUACUGUACUGCUAUUAUGACUACUGAUAAUGUAGCUACACUACCAUUCUGAAGGAAUAGGUACUUGAAUGGUGUACAUAUUUUUAGAAUGUUAAGAUGGAAGGGUCCAGCAGAGAUGUCUUAGAAUGAUUAAAUCCCUAGAUUGGUUCUACAAAAUUGCUUUCUGGCAAUAGUAUUUUCAUUUCUUUCCGUUUUCAAAGAGGUAGAACUGCCCAGCUGUAUAGACUCCGAUGGCAGUCUUAGUCUUUAGGCAGUCUUAAGGGCCUUUUCAUACAUUACGUUGUAUGUGUGUGUGUGAUUUUCAUUCUAAAAGCAUGCACUUAAAAAUAUAAAUGCAACGAACAUGUAUUGUACAAAUAUAGCAGGAUCGGCUUGGGCUUAUUGUCAGAUAUACGCUACCAAGAAGGGCUCUACCUGAGUGCGACUGUAUUUUAUUUCCAAGAACUGUAUCUCGGACUAGGGAUCUAAGAGUGCAGUUUGCUGAGCACAGAAGUUGGUAUAAUCCCAGUGGAAUAAACGGCAACAAGUGGUUUCAGAUUGUUAAGUAAAAUGCACGUUGGUCCCAAUGGUUCCCAAUGCUUAGCAGUACAAGCAAAGUUGCACUAAGCUUUGUAGUGUGUCUAUUUGGGCAAAGAAGGAUGGUUAGCAUAGAUAGAUAGAUAGAUAGAUAGAUGAUAUAGUGGUGUUUGAUUGAUCAUUCCCUGUUUUUGAACGAACUAUCAAUAUAAGAUGGUCCAUAAGAAAAGGUUCUGUUGAAUCACUUGUAUAUAGAAGACAGAAAUUCACAGCCAAGCAAAACACAGGUGUUUACUUUUGAAUCUGUAAAUUGCACAGUCACAAGCAAACACUUUCUCCUGGUCAAAUGGGCCGUGGGGGUACUGAUUCAUUACUGAGGCUUGUUGUUCAGCCGCUUUUGCCUUUAACACAGCUCAAGACCUUAUUUUCCAUAAAGGGGCUUGGAAGCAUUUUUCCCCAGUGAUCUAAUUCUCCACACGGGGCUGUGAAAGUUGUAACAGCUACUGCCUUGUGCUUCUGCUCAGCUACAUAAAACACACAUUGAAAGGAGGCAUUCUGGAGGUAUGUGUAUGUUUGCUAAUAUGAAUACUAGCUAUUAGUGGAGGUGGUGCAAAUUCUGACAUCUCUACAGGGAGGUGUUCUGCUGUUAGCAGGAAGAAGGCAGAUGGUGGGGCUGCUGCUGAAUAGAAUCCGAACUGAAAAUACUGGGGGCCUCAUUUGGGCUUCAUUUCUCUCGUCUCCUUUUUCUCAGGACUGCUGCAAGAACAAUGUCAUUAUUUUUUUUAUGAAUGAAAGUGGAGAGGCAAGGCAGAAUUGACCGUGUAUGUCAUUCACUCGCAAUGGCAGAGAUGAUUAGGGAGGUCAGUGAACUUGUUUGCAGCCUUGAACAUGUGGUCACUCUAUUCAGCCGCCACAGAAUAGGCGUUGGAAUAAAAUAAAAAAAGCUCCUGCAAUUUGCAUUCUUAUUCAGAUAAAGAUAUUACUGGGUACGAUCAGUGAAUGUCAAGUAGUGCUUACUGUGUUGUUAGACAGCAGACAGAUAAAAAUAAAAGCGGCACAUUUUAAGGAGUUUGUGAGGUGCUCUGUCCCAAUUGUAUUGUGGUUUCCACAACACCCAUUUUAGUUCUUUUCCACAGAAAAAAAAUCCCAUUGCCCCGUUACAAACGAAACUCCCCCUCCCCUUAUCUUACCCAUUAAGUGUUCUGGAUCUAAUGAUAUUCUUGAGACAGAAUGUUUAUUAGCUGGCAGAUAAAAGUAUCUGUAAUAUUCAAAGAGCAACAAAUAUGUUUUAUUUUAUUGUUAUUAAACAUUUAUACCACCCUUCAUCUGAGAAUCAGAGGGUGGUUUACAGUAUAGAAUACAUAACAAAGUAACAAACAGAACAACAAUCCCAUACUUUUGGGGAGAAAACUAUUUGAACCAUACAGUUAUUUUAUUGAAAUAGCUAUAUGCUGCUUUUCAGCCCAGGGGUUCUCUGAGCAGCUUACAGUAGUUUGAAAAAGCAACCCAUUGACAAUUACAACUUCUUUAUUUAAAAAACCAGAAGAGCACCCCAGAAAAGCUUCUUUUUAAAACAAAACAAAACACCAGGGUCAUACCAGCAUUAAAAGUGCGAACUUAAAAGCAAAAUAACCCCUCUGUUAGGAAUAAACUGGAGCAGAUUUUGACAUUAAAACAAGUGGGGGAGAUAAUAAUAAUAAUAAUAAUAAUAAUAAUAAUAAUAAUAAUAAUUUAUUAUUUAUACCCCGCCCAUCUGGCUGGGUUUCCCCAGCCACUCUGGGCGGCUUCCAACCAAACACUAAAAUACAAUAACCUAUUAAACAUUAAAAGCUUCUCUGAACAGGGCUGCCUUUAGAUGUCUUCUAAAAGUUUGGUAGUUAUUUUUCUCUUUGACAUCUAGUGAGAGGGCGUUCCACAGGGCGGGUGCCACUACCGAGAAGGCCCUCUGCCUGGUUCCCUGUAGCUUUGCUUCUCUUAGUGAGGGAACCGCCAGAAGGCCCUCGGCGCUGGACCUCAGUGUCUGGGCAGAACGAUGGAGGUGGAGAUGCUCCUUCAGGUAUACUAGACCGAGACCGUUUAGCAGAGUGCAGGUAUCUUGUGUUUGGUCUUGAUACAUGCGUAGUGAAGAAGUGUAAUUUGUAGGUAGGAAGGCCUAGGAACCCCUUGGGUCACCUUUGAGCACGUCAGAAUUCCUGCUCAGUGCAGAGACAUUGCUCAUUUUCCUUAUAGGAAUGGCUGAAUUGGUCAAGGAGAAGUUGAUGCCUCUUCGUCAACACGUUGGGACGGUACAAUAUUCCCAACAUAGUCACUGAGCUAGUUUGGACAAUAAGCCAGGAGAUCAGAAGCAUUCAUUUUCACUUUAGAUUCAACACAGCUCGCUGUUUUGUCUGAACCCAACACAGCGUGGUUAUUAUGAGCAGUAGCUUGCUUAAAGCAAGCCGGCGUGAAACCAUGGAUUGUGAAAUGGUCCUGUUUCAACAAACCGUAGUUACAAUGAACCACAGUUAUGGGUUCAGACAGAACGCUAAUGGAAACUAAAGCUUGUGGCUACACCAGGAGAGAGAAGCUCCAAAGCCCGAGGUUAGCUGAAGCUUGUUCCCAUUGUGGUAAACCGUGGUUUAUUGUGAUGCCUGAACUCGCCCCCUGAUUCUUCUGAGAAAGAAAGACUCCUAUACCUUUUCUGCUGGGAAAGAAAAGUGCAGCAGCUAAAGCAACUAAGAUGUUUCUUUCUUGGGAGAAUUGCCUUUUUUCUUUCACUCUGUUCCUGUAGGAAAUAUACUUUGAUUAAGUUGUACAGCUGGAAACAGAAGCAUAUCAGGCUGCCAAGUGCAGAUGCAGUCAUCCAAAAAGGGCUGCUGGGUAUCUUUUAUUCCUUUCAAAUGGAUAUUGUGCAAGUGGGAUGGGCCGGCCAACCUGUGAUGUGUGGCCGUCAUGCAGCAAAGCUUGAGCAGGGACUGAAUCCUGAGCUCCUGUUUGGUCUUACUGUGUUCAGUGGCCAAGUUUACAUUGUCUGUUGCUGUUUUUAUGUGGAUUUUCUGUAAAGAAAGAGGUUAAAACAUGGAUUUCUGUAGCGGAGUUCGGUUUUCGCAGGUUCUAAUAAGAAGGACUUGCUUUAAGUUGCUAUAAAUCACAAGCAAAAUCACAUCGUUGACAUCGUAAUUGGAACCUGACACUUUCAUAACAAGCUGCUGUAUGGCAUGAACAAGAUUUGUAAUCUUGCUGCGUUUAAUUAUUAUUAUUAUUUUUGGAGCCGUUUUUGUUUUCUUAAAAAAACAACAACAAUCAUAUCUAAUUAUAUUUUUAUCUGCUGACAGUCUAUAUCAGGCUUCCUCAAACUCAGCCCUCCAGAUGUUUUUGGCCUACAACUCCCAUGAUCCCUAGCUAGCAGCACGAGUGGUCAGGGAUGAUGGGAAUUGUGGUCUCAAAACAUCUGCAGGGCCGAGUUUGAAGAAGACUGGACUAUAUUGUAUUCUGCUUGUAGCAGCGUAGUUUCUUGACACUGAUUGGCUGAGCUGCUGUGAUGGCAUGGAACAUUCCUACUUGAGGAACAAGGUUUUAGCAACAAAGGUUUCACAGCCUGGCUUCUGUUAGAAAGGAUAGGUCUUAGCCUUUGGGGGAUAGGCAUCCCUUAUAUAGUGUGGUGUAAAGGCAUACAGGGGAUGCAGGUGGCGCUGUGGUCUAAACCACUGAGCCUAGGGCUUGCCGAUCAGAAGGUCGGCAGUUCGAAUCCCUGUGACAGGGUGAGCUCCCGUUGCUCGGUCCCUGCUCCUGCCAACCUAGCAGUUCGAAAGGACGUCAAAGUGCAAGUAGAUAAAUAGGUACCACUCCAGCGGGAAGGUAAACGGCGUUUCCGUGUGCUGCUCUGGUUUCGCGAGAAGUGGCUUAGUCAUGCUGGCCACAUGACCCGGAAAAACUGCCUGCGGACAAACGCCAGCUCCCUCGGCCAGUAAAGUGAGAUGAGCGUUGCAACCCCAGAGUCGUUUGCGACUGGACUUAACUGUCAAAGGCAUACAAGGCAACAGCCUUGCUGAGCCUAAGCAGGUCUUGGCCUUGAUUGGUUUUCCACCUGGGAAGCACAUGCCUUGGGAAAUGUAGCUUAAUGAAAUAGGUCCCUUCCAACUCUACAAUUCUAUGAGUCUAUGGUUCUAUUAAAUGAUACAGGCAUGUAGACAGAAGAUCUGGCCAGGGCAGGUGAGGGACUGGAAAGGUGGGGAGAAAGAGAACGCAGCAGAUAUCAGAGAGCCCAGAGGCUAGGUGGAAAGGGUCACAGCAAGUAGCAGAGUUAGAUCAAGGUGUGUGACCCAAGUGCAGAUAGAAGCAUCAUAAGCUUGAGACUGAGAAGACUUGGGGACUGAGGGCCAGGGCACAUAAAGGCUGUGCAGGGUUGCCAAGUCUAGACCCUGAGAGGGUUGCACAGAAGGCUGACUCUGGCAUUAUUGUCUGGCAUUGGCUCUCAGUGCGUUUCCGAGCACAAUUCAAAGUGUUGGUGUUGACCUUUAAAGCCCUAAACGGCCUCGGCCCAGUAUACCUGUAGGAGCGUCUCCACCCCAUCGUUCUGCCCGGACACUGAGGUCCAGCGCUGAGGGCCUUCUGGCGGUUCCCUCAUUGCGAGAAGCAAAGCUACAGGGAACCAGGCAGAGGGCCUUCUCAGUAGUGGCACCCACCCUGUGGAACGCCCUCCCAUCAGAUGUUAAAGAGAUAAACAACUACCUGACAUUCAGAAGAUAUCUUAAGGCAGCCCUGUUCAGUUUUUAAUGUGUGACAUUUUAGUGUAUUUUUGGUCUCUGUGGAAGCCUCCCAGAGUGGCUGGGGAAACCCAGCCAGAUGGGCGGGGUACAAAUAAUAAAUUAUUAUUAUUAUUAUUUUAUCAGCACAUCUGUGGUUAAGAGGUAGUGAGAUUAUGCUAGGCACUGGAAUUCACAUACACAUUUGAACAAACCAGCUCUUUGAUUGUAAGCUUCCUGUAUUAUCGGAUUGAAACUUAACUCGGUGUUGAUAAAAUUGUGUUGUUUUUUUAAGCUAGAGGAUGGGCAGAGCCUUAAUUAUUACUUUAAUUUUUAGCUUCUUCUGUGUGAAUGUAUUGGCCUCAUCCUUAUUUUGGUGGAUUCCCCCACCCCACCCCCGGUUGCCUCCACCAUCAAAACAAGGGGAAACUUGUAAGAUACAUUGCAGUGAAGUCAUUAUGACUACAAGUGAUUCUAACUUUUAGAAUUGGUGCCUGAGUUUGCUUAUUUUCCUCUUUCUUCCUCAUCCCCUAUUUUCCUUCCUGUGUUGUGUCUUUUAGAUUCUAACCCACCCACAGGCAGAUACCAUCUUGCUUUUAUUGAUCUUGGGGAAACUACUCUUGGAACCUUUUGCGUGUUCAGACCCAGAGACCUCCCCCCUAAAUAAAUACACACUUGACUCGAAUUUUAGUUUUGGUUUUUGGCAGAAUUUAGGCCACAACUUUAUUGAUUACAGAAAGUGACUGGUUGCAUAGGCUCUGGUUCGACUAGCUCCCUGCCAUGCAGGUAGCGCUGACCCAGAGCUCUAUCAUAGGUCAGACAAAGAUGAACACCUGAGGUAGGGGAAAAGCCCGGGAACAGACUCUGUUCACUCCCCCAGAUGCUCCCCUGGACUCAGGCAUGGGCACACCCCCCUCUAAGGGGUUGACCAAACCAUCGAGUCCCUGGAUUCCUUUAACGGAAUACCCUUCACAUAGGGAUGGUGAGAGCGUUCUCCCAUCCCUAUCACCUGAACCAGAGCCUAUCUGCAGCCUUACAAGUUGUGACGAUUUGCUACACAGCAGGCGAAACCCAAAUGGCAACAGCCAAUCAGCCAAGUGGGGGAAAUUCCUGCCUUGCCCCUGUCCCAACGACACACGACGGCAUAGCAAGGUCAAUCACAAAAUACCCUAAAUAUAGGGAAAGAUGGGCGGGUGUUCUGUUUGCAUGAGCCGAAAGAGAAUCUCUGGGUCACAUGCAAGGGGUUAAAUAGGUCCCUCGAACCGUUUAGACUGCACCCCAUUGGCCAGAGUACACCCAGCAGCAAGGGACCUACCAAUUGGGCGUUGUGGCUAUCCAGUAGACCCACCCACAACCAGGAAGUCAGUCUCCAGGUCUCACCGCAACACAUUCCCUCUUUUAAGGAGGACACAAUUUCCGUGAAAAACAACAACAACCAUGCCUUAAAUAAAUAUAAAUAAAUAAAUUUAGUCUUGCAGCGGUGAAGGUGCUACAUUUUUCAGCCUGCCUGUGUUGGCAAAGCCAUCCUAAACAAGAGGUGUUUUCUGAAUGUUGUGAACAAGGCAGGAGGUUGUUGGUUGCUAUUGUAAGCUACCGAAGGCCACUCUCGUUUUAGAUGAUAUUUCAGAUAUCUGUUUCCUUCUUCUCUUUGCCACAUGCAAAGCGGGGAGCAGGAUUGCAAGUGCUUCCAUGUUCAGCAAAGGUGAUCAGGAGAAUUCCUGCAUGGCUGGGAUUCCUGAUUGUUUGGAGGAAUCCUAAGUGUAUUUCUGGUUGAAUGCAUGGCUGCUGUCUGCCCUCUGCACAUUGUCCCUGUGUGGUAAGAAUGAAUAAAAAAGGGCCCAUCUCGUUUUGCUUCUGCUCUCUUGCCUUCAGUUCACAGAAGACAGGCCUAUGGAAAGGAAUUAGACACAAUAAUUAAAUGGACCCUCUGUGUGUCAAUUCAUAGCUGUCAACUUACAGAUUUGAAAAUAAGGAACCAGCAGCCUCGAAAAUAAGGAAUCAGCAGCCAAAAUAAGGGAUUUUUCCGGGCACAGGUAGGUUCAACUUCUGAGCCCCUCCGAGCCAAAGGCAGAAAGCCCAGCCAGCAGCCAAACGAAGCCUCAAGCGGUGGUUCCCACAACGCAGCAACCCGGCAAAGGGGAUGCAGCAAGGAAAACUACCGUCACCUCUCCGCUGGGAAGCGCUGAGCAAAGGCGAGUCCCCAGGCAACGCGGCCGACUUGAUCGGCACAAGGCAUGCAAGCUCCACACCCCAGUCAUUCUUAGACUCCUUAUUGGGUGAGCAACGCAGCCAAGCAACACAGUUGGAGCCUCCCUCCUCCCUGGCCGGCAGGGAGGGAGGGAGAAUAGCUGCUUCCUUUGAAACUUGGGAAAUUUAAGGGACAUCAUCAAUAAGGGACAACAGCGGGACACGUCGCUGGGAUAAGGGACUUUCCCGCCAAAUAAGGGACUGUUGACAGCUAUGUGUCAGUUGUGUAGGGUGGGGCUGGGGACAAUCAAGAAAAGGGAAGGUUGCUUUCCUCAUUCUCUCCCAGGAGGUUUCCUGGGAGCAUCUGGGUCGCCAUGGCUGGAAAGGGGAUGCUCAAUGGGUUAUUCAGCCAGGCUGCUCUUAUUUUAUUUGCUUCCUUUAAAACAUUUAUAUUAUUGUAAGCCGCCUAGAGAUCUCUCUUAUUUGGUGCCAUAUAAAUAUUGCUAAUAAAUACAUGCUGGAUCCCUUUCCGUAGUUCACAGUGGGUUACAAUGAGAUAAUAUAUCCCGUAUUUUUCCGCCUAUAAGACGCCCCUGUGUAUAAGACGGCCCCUAUUUUGGGGGACUCCAAAUUAAGAAAAUACUCCUUAGCACUACCUGUGUAUAAGACGAGCCCCAAUUUUAAACCUAAUUUUUUGGUUUAAAAAAACUAGUUUUAUGCAUGGAAAAAUACAGUCGGUGGGUGUGUGUGUGUGUGUGUGUGUGUGUUGUCAUUUACUGCAGAGUUUGUUAAGCUACCUGUUCUGAGAAGUUGUAUCUGAUUUACAAGAUAGAAAUUCCUUAAUAACAAAUAAAAUACUGGUUGUAUUCAAUAAUAAUAAUAAUAAUAAUCGUAAACGAGGUAGCCAACCAAACGAAAAACAGGGUGAAAGCUCUUCUGAAAUCUACUGGCAACAAUUAAAAAGAGAGGGAGAGAGAAAGAAAGAGAAAGAGCGAAACUGGUCCUAGAGCAAGCCCCAUCCCCCAAAACUGGACUGUGGCUUUUGACUCUGUUUUUUCCUGCCCACCAAGGUGUUAGAGAAAAUAUGUUUCCCCCCCCCAUCACCCUUCAGAAAAAAGUUCAGAUCACAGCUAGAAAUGUCUACCGCGCUGACCACAGGCAAACCUGCCUCCUCAGAGAUAUGAGCUUUGAUUUGUCUGGGAAGUACAAAUGUUCAAACAGAAAAGAACGAGUUUUAUUUUAUGGAAAAACUAACCAUAUUUGUUAUAGACAAGGCUACUUAGUGUUUGCUAUUAUUACAUUUUUGCUGUUUUUCAAAUCUAAAUGCAGCGGGUGGAAAUAUGUGGAACAGGCAUGCUUAGUUCUAUUUCCUGACUUUCAUUUUUAAAAACCACUAAGGAUCUAGUCCUCAUCGCUGAGAGGCUAUAUCUGAAACAAUGGGGCAAUAGUAUCUGAGGAACCAGAGGGGUACUUGGAAAAGUUUUCCUUUGGGUGGGCUGGGUGAUGUUUCCUUUCCUGCAAAGUCUUUGCCCCUUCCCAUGAGUAACGACAGCAGCAUAAAUUAUGCAAAUCAAGAGAAAUGUGCAAUUUUUGGGCGAAGAGUUUUGCGUGGUCACGUAACUUUUAUCAGUAUAAACAUGGACCUUGUUGUGGCCAAGCCUUGAAUACGGCAUUAAAAACUCUGCCGUUCCAUUAUAGCUAGAGGCUAAAGAACGCGGGUGGCGCUGUGGGCUAAACCACAGAGCCUAGGACUUGUCGAUCAGAAUGUCAGCGGUUCAAAUCCCAGCGACGGGGUGAGCUCCCGUUGCUCGGUCCCUGCUCCUGCCAACCUAGCAGUUCGAAAGCACGUCAAAGGGCAAGUAGAUAAGUAGGUACCACUCUGGCGGGAAGGUAAACGACGUUUCCGUGCGCUGCUCUGGUUCGCCAGAAGUGGCUUAGUCAUGCUGGCCACAUGACCCGGAAGCUGUACGCCGGCUCCCUUGGCCAAUAAAGCGAGAUGAGCGCUGCAACCCCAGAGUUGGUCACGACUGGACCUAAUGGUCAGGGGUCCCUUUACCUUUACCUUUAAAGAAUACCAGCGUCGUCUGCUUGUGAGAUUUCUCUUUGAGGAACAGUAGCAGGCCAAGACCUUUGGCAUGUUGCGUCUCUUUUAACAGCCGUACCGCUAUUGUACCCAUCUGUGACUGUAUACACCUAGCGCUUUUAAAAAUAUAAUGUUGUUUGAGUUGUGCUUUAUUUCCCCGCUUUGUGUAUGACACACCCUCCUGUUUGUGAUGCUAUGGAGACUGUCAGGUGGGUGAGACAAGGGAACCUUUAUACAGCGAAUUUGAUAUUCAUUACCCUCAUAACCUUUGUCUUUAGUUAGCAGGAAGGCUUUGCGAUAUCAAAAGCAAACAAGGAGCCUGAGAUAUGAGAAGAGCAAAGCCUUAGGUAAACUUGGUAGUUAAAUGUGAAAAGUAAUCCGAUUAAACUUACCCUGUCGUUCUUCUUUGGGGGCGGGUAGGGAACACACCAUGUCUUGCUGUGUUGUGUAAUGUGCCCUGUACAGUAAAAGCCUGUUUAGUUCUGCCUUCUUGUCUUGAAACUGUGCUGGUGCUUGGAAGAACAUCAUUUGCAUCGAUAUGAAAAAUAAGGGCGUGCAUAUUUUACUGGGAUAUAUAUUCCUAGGAAGUCUGGUGCCAUUCUCAUCCAAUUCCAAAUGAAGCCACUAGUGGUCCACUUCUGGGUUUGGGGUUGGGAAGGGAGGAAUGUUUCCACACUGUUUGAGCUGGCAUCUCAGGAACAGUGGAUCUGCUGGGUAAGCGCUCAGGAGCCGGCUGAUCUGGAGCUGCUGAUUGGCUAGCUGAGGAGGGCUCUCAUAUUAAGAUUGCUCAUGAGUAGGUCCACAGGCAGGAAUAUCUCCAGUCCAUCUCUGUGAUGCCAUUUAAGGUAAAGGGACCCCUGACCAUUAGGUCCAGUCAUGGCCGACUCUGGGGUUGCGGCGCUCAUCUCGCUUUAUUGGCCGAGGGAGCCGGUGUACAGCUUCCGGGUCAUGUGGCCAGCAUGACUAAGCUGCUUCUCGCGAACCAGAGCAGCGCACGGAAACGCCGUUUACCUUCCCGCUGGAGAGGUACCUAUUUAUCUACUUGCACUUUGUGCUUUCGAACUGCUAGGUUGGCAGGAGCAGGGACCGAGCAACGGGAGCUCACCCCGUCGCGGGGAUUUGAACCGCCGACCUUCUGAUCAGCUAGUCCUAGGUUCUGUGGUUUAACCCACAGCGCCACCCGCGUCCCUAUGAUGCCAUUUGGUGGCCUGCAAAAAAGCGGGUGCUUGAGAACUCUACCCCUGUUCUUCUUGUCACACGUCUGGCUUCCUCUGCAAAGUUCUUCUCAGUUUCUCUAGUCUUUCCCUCCCUGCUCCCUCAGUUCCACCAGUUUUACGUUCACAGUACAGUCAUACCUUGGAAGUUGAGCAGAAUCCGUUUCGGAAGUCCGUUCGGCUUCCAAAACGUUCGGAAACCAAAGCGUGGUCUCUGAUUGGCUGUAGGAAGCUCCGGCAGCCAUUCGGAAGCCCCCCAAAAUAGUUCACAAACCGGAACGGUCACUUCCGGGCUUACGGCGUUUGGGAGCCAAAACGUUCGAGAACUAAGCUGUUAGAAAACCAAGGUAUGACUGUACUUUAGAAAUCUUUCUUAAAAAUCACCAGUGCUUUGCUGAGGUAUAUAAACAGGAAGGCACUGGACAUAGUAAAAGAUCCAUCGCAUCCUGGUCACUGUCUCUUCGAGCUCUUGCCGUCGGGACGGAGAUACAGGACGAUGAAGACAAGAACGAGCCGUCUUAAGAACAGCUUCUUCUCCAGAGUGAUCUCGGCCCUGAAUGGGAAGCCCGGACUUUGAAAGUCAUCUAAUCUCCCUUGCUGUAUUAUACUGUAUUGUUUAAUUAGUGUUUUUAUGGAGCAGUCAAGUAAUUUCGUUGUCCCCGAAGGGGGGCAAUGACAAUAAAGAUAUUAUUAUUAUUAUUAUUAUUAUUAUUAUUAUUAUUAUUAAACUACUCGGGAAAGGUUCUAGCCCAGCAGUGUACAGCCUCUGACCAGCAGGUCCCAUUAGGCCUGGCAGGAUUCCUGAUUUGACCCACAAGGCUUUCUCCCCCAAACACCACCCUUUUCACUUCCUGCAUUCCAAGUGUGGGGCGGGUGAAGACAUGGCUAUAGAACAACGAUCAGGAACUACGUUGCUGUUACUCAACCUCCUUACAUAGAUCUUAGAGACCUCAGAACCAGGUCUCACGAGUAGAUCUGAAAACCAGUAGCUCAAACUUGUGAUUUGAAACUGAGCCAGCCAGUCUGCAACCAACUGAAGGUUUGUAAUACAGUACAUGAUUAUUAUUAUUAUUAUUAUUAUUAUUAUUACUAUUAUUUAUUUAUUUAUUUAUUUGUACCCCGCCCAUCUGGCUGGGUUUCCGCAGCCGCUCGGGGAUGCUUCCACAAAGACCAAAAAUACGCUAAGAUGUCACACAUUAAAAACUUCCCUGAACAGGGCAGCAUGAGUGGGAGCAGGGAAUAUUCCCCUCUUUGCAAACAUAUCUCUGGAGAGCAGCAGCAGCAGCAGAACAUUCCAGGAGGAUAUGUGAUAAACUUCUAGGUAAAGAAAGAUCCCCAUUGUAUGAACUCCCACAUUAUUGGAUCUUGAAUAAGAUGCUUUCCUAUAGAGAGAGAGGACUGGCUUCCCCCCCUGCCUUUAAAAGACGAACUGGUGGUUGUCUCCAGUGGGUGACAAGGUUGGAAGAACCCCACCAGUCUUGCUCCACACAGCACCUGAGGACAUCAGAGGCAGUGCAUGAUAAGGGUUUAAUUUUCAUUCCCCAUCCCUUCUGGGUGAAGAGAGACCAGAGAACUCACAGAAUUUGGAUACUGGAUUAAGUUGUGACUGGGGCUGAUGGAAGUUGUGGUCUGAAACAUCUGGACAACAUCUGGUUGGAGAUGUUUGCUGGUUGGAGAGGACUGUUAUUAUUAUACUUAUUUUACUAUCAGGCUGCCUGUCACUACGCUUUUUACUAUGUUUUUAUCGUUGAUGUUUUGGAAUGUGUUUCUAAUGUACAUCGCCCUGAUUUCUUUUGAUAAAGGUCAGUAUAUUAAUUGAAACAACAACAACAACAGCAUGACUUUAGGGCUUUUUACUAGAAAUGGGCAGCUGUAUAAAUGAUGCACACCAGCACACUUCCUUAGCCAUAUCACUGCACAGCUAAACCUUCUGCAAAACAGGGGAACAAAACUAGAAAAAAGAGAGCCAAUUAAAAAUAAUAAUCCCGUUUUGACACGGAUGAAAAGCUUCCAGUCUUGUUGUAUUGAAGGCAAUUUUAUUCUGCCCCCAGCUUCAGUGAAUGCCUGAAAUAAAUGUUCUAAAAAGUUGGGGGGCGGGGGCUGUUGCAGCACAAGAUCAGCAAAUGUAUAGAAAGUACAUAAUAUGAAUAGUGAUCUGAGCCUAUACUUUUUUCCUGGAGAUUCAGGUAGUGGGUGGUAGUGUGGGACUGUUUUAGCUUGCAGAAAGCGCUGGGGGAGAGAAUUACAAAGCAGAGAAAACAGGGUUGUUUUUUUCCAUAGAGGGAAAGGUCUGUCCCCUCCUCCUCAUCCCGAUAUUUGGGCUUAUAUUCAUGCAAUCCAGGUGGUCUUGGUUUAACUUCCAGGGCAAGACAUUCUAAGCUUGGUGGUUAGUUAUUUUCUGAAGUAUAAGGAAGGGGGCAACAGGGGGCAACUGACAAAUGUUAGUAUAAGUCCCUGACAGAGUGUCUGGAGUUCCGCUUUGAGCCAUGUUCUCUGAACCGUUUAGACCACUGGAGGAAACCUGGAGAAUUGAGUACAAUGCCCCUGGGUACGCUUCCUAAGAUCAACAAGUUCCUAGGAAGCGUGCCAUGGGCUGGCUCUCCAUAAACAGAUUUCUGUUCGAUCUCCUUUUGAAUACCAAGUAGUGUUGAAAAUGUGAAGCCUCUCAAACAUACCAUUUGCCUCCUUUUCAAAGCUUUACUCACCGACGGCUCCUAGUCCUGCUGCGUUCAGAACGCAAUUUCCAGUUGGCAUCAGAAACCAUGGGUUUCAUUUGAGGCAGCAACAGCUGGCAGUAGCAAGUACUGUAACUGGUUACCCUUUGGAAAAAUCCACAACCCCAAGUGUGUUAAACAACUAAGACAAACUUUGUCCUUUCAUUUUAAAUUUUCAUAGUAGAUUUCCUCACAAAAUAUUGAGGGGAGGAGAAGUUUGGUCAUUUGCUCUUAUCUUACUCCUAACUUAAAUGUAGAUGACACAUGAUAGAGUUGCCGUACGUCUGGAAUUUCCCGGACAUAUCCGGAAUACUGCAGCCACAAGCAGUGUCCGGGUGGAGACUGGCAAAAUGUCUGGGGAAAUCGCCGGCAGUGUUGUUUUUGCCGAUUUCCCUCAGAAAUAGCUUUAAAAUGUCAAAUUUCUUUACAAUUUUGUACCCCAAAAAAGCUCAAAAACUUUGGGCCAAAAUAAAAAAAGCUUAACAACUUUGCCCCCCGCCAAAAAAAUGAAAAAACCAGCUCCACAAAUUUUCUGUCCAGAUUUUCACCUUUUUGAAAUAUGACAGCCCUACACCAACCAUCUAUUUUUCUGCUUUUGGACUGCUAGAGCAAAGGUGAUGGGAAAUUGUUGUGAUUGAGCCUAUUUUUCCUUCUGGGGAGAAAGGGAUUCUACAGUGUGUUGUCCACUGUCUUACUAGCCAUUUCUUCACAUUAGGCAUUUUGUUCUGCCAGUGUUACACAGGAUUAGUAUUUCGUACCGCAGCUUGCAGACGGAACAGUACAAUGGUGAUAGUGUUGCUAUUCCACUUCAGCAGGUCUAAGCUGAGUCUCUUCAUUGGCAAUCUCCAUGCUUGAAGGAAAGGAGACAGUACUGACAUAACUUGGAGUUUGAAAAUACUGUCUCAAUUUGCAUAGUAAUAAAAGGUUGUGACAAUCUGAUGAAUGUAGUUAGCACUCUGUGCCUCAGCUAACAUACAAAGCAGAAGUCUUGGUACACGCUGUACUUUCAGACAAGAAAACUUCUGCGGGAAACAAGCAGAGCUAUUAGGAUGGAGGUAAAAGUUGUUGUGAGUCCUCCCCGCCCCCCGCCCCCCCCCCGCCGCCUUUCGUCUUCGCCUCAAGCAAAGUUUGUUUUUAAGCAGACUGUCCAACUGUGUGUUUUAUUUCUGAGCCUCAUAUGUCUUGAAAAAACACUGAUUUAAAUGUUUUCAAUAUUUCUGGCAAAUGAUUACUAGCAUGGCAUUGUUGCCGUUGGCAGAUUUGCACUUUAAUCUUGCAAAGUGCAAGGGAGUUGAGAGGGAAACAAAAAAUUGGGAAGACCCUGUAGCUAGUUUGCGUACUUGAAUCUCAAGAGAAUUAAAAUGGAGCUUUGCUGUUCUCCCACAGACUCUGUAAAUAGUUAGUGCGCUCCUAGAUCACAGCCCGUAUAGGUCCGUAUAGUAAAAGCUAUGGUUUUCCCAGUAGUGAUGUAUGGAAGUGAGAGCUGGACCAUAAAGAAGGCUGAUCGCCGAAGGAUUGAUGCUUUUGAAUUAUGGUGCUGGAGGAGACUCUUGAGAGUCCCACGGACUGCAAGAAGAUCAAACCUCUCCAUUCUGAAGGAAAUCAGCCCUGAGUGCUCACUGGAAGGACAGAUCCUGAAGCUGAGGCUCCAAUACUUUGGCCACCUUAUGAGAAGAGAAGACUCCCUGGAAAAGACCCUGAUGUUGGGAAAGAUGGAGUGCACAAGGAGAAGGGGACGACAGAGGACGAGAUGGUUGGAUAGUGUUCUCGAAGCUACCAGCAUGAGUUUGACCAAACUGCGGGAGGCAGUGGAAGACAGGAGUGCCUGGCGUGCUCUGGUCCAUGGGGUCACGAAGAGUCGGACACAACUAAACGACUCAACAACAACAACAGAUCAGAGCCUCAUGCAUCUUGAUGGAUGGGUGGGGUUUAGUUGCGUUGAAAGGGAAAUCAGUGAGGAAAAGGGACAGGAGGACUGGAGAAUCGUGUCCCUUCCAGUACAGUGAACAGAUAGCACAAUUAAAAUGAAGCAUUUGAAUGGUGGGGAGGAGGCUGUAGAGUUGUCUUUGCUAAAUUGUCCUUAGCCAGCCCGGUAAAAAUAGUCAUUUUGCACAGAGAUGCCAUACUAACGCCCAAGUGGGAAAAUCUCAAUAAAAAGGCUUUUGGUAUUAGUCCCUUUCUGGUGAUACAGCAGAGUGUGGGUUGAGAUAAAGGUGGGUCCACAUAUGGUGGCUACAGCAAAGUUGUUCAUUGGUUGCAUUUGCGGAGGGAGCAGCCAAGGCAGUAUCUUAGCACUGUUAGAAAAAGUAAUGUUGCUAAAGUUAAAUAUGUGUGCCUGUCUUUAUGGAGAGCAUUGGCAGAAAUAGGGAGCAUAGUGUUGGACUCUUCCAUUGAACAAUUUUUUUUUAGGUUUUAGCUUGUUUUGCUGUUAAAUCUUGUUCCAGAGAUGUUAUUUCACAAGUGAACUAUAUAUCAGUGGCAUGGGAAAUGGUCAAACUUUAUUGAAUAAUAUGAUUUGUUAAGUAUUGUCUGCCAAUCCGAAAGGACAGGGUUUUUGAGGAUGAGAGGAACUGAUGUGUGAAAAAAGUCGUGAUUAAAGGUGUGUUGGAUUAGGGGUAGCAGGCUAUUACCCUGAAUUAGUAAUGACUGGUAGUUAACAAGAGUUGGAUUCUGCCAUCUCUUGGCUAUGGGGCCGGCCCACCCGUGAGGCGAUGUGAAGUGACUGCCUCAGGUGGCAGAAUCCACGGAAGCAGCAGAUACCGAUGCAGAUCUUCAUUCAGGGCUGGCCCACCCAAGAGGCAAGAUGAGGCAAGCAAUGAGGAUCCACAGAAGGAGCAAAUCCUGAUUCUGAUCUUUAUUUCCCACUUCUUCCUGAUGUAGAUCUUCACUCACCCUUCCUUCCCUGGCAGAGAAGGUGGCACCAUUUUGUGGUUUGCCUCAGGGGCCAAGAUGUUUUGAGCCAGCCCUGCUUGGCCACACACAUUUGCUCAGUUGGGUUAUUCUGGUUUCAGAGUGAAUUCAGUGAGGAAGGCUGCAGCCCUCAGUAACCGAACAGGGUUAAAAACAUGCAAGAAAGGUGAAGAUUAUAUUAACAUAUUAUAAUACUUGCUGAUGAAUUUCAGCCAUCAUGGGAAACUGCUCAGUAUUGAACCAGUGUGGUGUAGUGGUUAAGAGCGAUAGUCUUGUAAUCUGGGGAACCGGGUUCGCGUCUCCGCUCCUCCACAUGCAGCUGCUGGGUGACCUUGGGCCAGUCACACUUCUCUGAAGUCUCUCAGCCCCACUCACCUCACAGAGUGCUUGUUGUGGGAGAGGAAGGGAAAGGAGAAUGUUAGCCGCUUUGAGACUCCUGAAGGGGAGUGAAAGGUGGGAUAUCAAAUCCAAAUCCAAACAGUAAUAAACCGGUUGCAAACAGAAUUCUAGUAUUAUUAUUAUAUUUUUUAAAAUCCCAACAUAAUAAACCAUGAAUAGCUACAGCGUUUUCCAGUCCUAAAAUCUACUACAUUGCAAGUUUUUCUAAGAUUAGGCAGCAGAAAGGCAACUGUGAUCCAGACAUGAACUGAAGUCAACUUGAUGCUAUCUGUUUACUGGAAACGAAACAAAAAUUGUCAUAUUUGGAUAGAUUUCUUCUGCACCACUCUCUCUUUUAGCAUGUGAAUAGACUUUACAUUGAUAAUUCAAGGGUUAUGUUCCAGGUCUUUGUGUUGCAAUAACUUCUAGCACACUCUUAUAGCGCAUUCUCGUCUUCACCAAAAGAUUAGAACGUGGAACUCUGAUUGCUUUGUUAAGAAUAAAGUUUUCUCUCUUUGUUUAUACAAAAAUAACCAGUGCCUCGCUUGACAUUGGAAAGCAAAUGUUUUCACUCAGAAUUACAAAAGUUGGCCAACAGCACAACUAUCCUCUAGAUCAGGCAUCCCCAAACUCGGCCCUCCAGAUGUUUUGGGACUGCAACUCCCAUCACCCCUGACCACUGGUCCUGUUAGCUAGGAAUGGUGGGAGUUGUAGUCCCGAAACAUCUGGAGGGCUGAGUUUGGUGCCUGCUCUAGAUGUACUACCGUAUUUUUCACUCCAUAAGGCGCACCGGACCAUAAGGCGCACCUAGUUUUUAGAGGGGGAAAUCAAUAUAUAUAAAUAUUAUUCCCCCCCCCCGCCCCAAAGAGCAAAGAAGCCAAGACAGCGAGCGGGAUGGAUCCUGCUCACAGUCUUGGCUUCCUCUUUAGCCGUGAGCAACCUCUCCAGGCGGCCUCUCCCAGCCGGAUCUGUGCUUUUAUUUAAAAUGCAUCUCUGGGUUAUUUGUGGGGCAUAAUAAUUCAUUCAUUAUUUUAUUUUAUUUUUUCAAAAUAUAGUCCGGCCCCCCACAAGGUCUGAGGGACAGUGGACUUGCCCCCUGCUGAAAAAGUUUGCUGACCCCUGCACUAAAUUACCGUAUUUUUUGCUCUAUAAGACUCACUUUUUCCCUCCUGAAAAGUAAGGGGAGAUGUGUGUGCGUCUUAUGGAGCGAAUGCAGGCUGCGCAGCUAUCCCAGAAGCCAGAACAGCAAGAGGGAUUGCUGCUUUCACUGUGCAGCGAUCCCUCUUGCUGUUCUGGCUUCUGAGAUUCAGAAUAUUUUUUUUCUUGUUUUCUUCCUCCAAAAACUAGGUGCGUCUUGUGGUCUGGUGCGUCUUAUGGAGCGAAAGAUACGGUAUGGCUUAGUUAAUGUUCUGAACAAUAGCAGCUGACGCAGAGGCGGUGGUGGAUAUCUGACCUCCCGCCACUGGUGUUUCUGCAACUUACUGGGUGAUGUGACUAGGAUUUUGGUACAGUGCAAACACACCAGCAGGGUGAGCUGGAUUUGUGCCGCUGGUAUAUUUGCACAGGGACGUGGGUGGCACUGUGGGUUAAACCACAGAGCCUAGGACUUGCCAAUCAGAAGAUCGGCGGUUCGAGUCCCCGCGACGGGGUGAGCUCCCGUUGCUCGGUCCCUGCUCCUGCCAACCUAGCAGUUCGAAAGCACAAAGUGCAAGUAGAUAAAUCGGUACCGCUCCAGCGGGAAGGUAAACGGUGUUUCCAUGCGCUGCUCUGCUUUGCCAGAAGCGGCUUAGUCAUGCUGGCCACAUGACCCGGAAGCUGUACGCCGGCUCCCUCGGCCAAUAAAGCGAGAUGAGCGCCACAACCCCAGAGUCGGCCAUGACUGGACCUAAUGGUCAGGGGUCCCUUUAGCUUUAUAUUUGCACUACACUGACUUCCCCAUCGCAUUCCCCUUCCCCACCUUUGUAAGAUGCAGCAGUUCCAAUGAGGGAAGGUCAGGUAAGGGCCUCUACGUCUCCAUGCUGCAAGGAUGAAUCACAGAAAGCUUUGGGCUCAUGCAUUGCCCUUUCCUCAUUCGGCAUGGCUGCAGGGAGGAGUUCAAAAACAUUCUCGUCCAUAUUUAGACCGGCUGCAGCUUGUCGUGUCAUCUAGACCUGAUUAGUCUUAACUAUGGUUUGGGGAAACCAGCCAACUUCAAACCAUAAUGUAUGGAAUUGGGUUGCUUUCACUAACCAUAGUUAAAAUUAGCCACAGUUUAGGGUUCAGAUGUCAUACUAAUCUCUAGUUAAUUUAAAACAGGUGGAGCUUCUGAUCUCCGCCUUGCAACUAUGCCAGCGAAGGAAAUGCAGAAAGUGUACUUUCCCUUGAAACGAAAUGACUGCAUGCAAAACAGGCCUGUAAUUCUCUUUAACAGAACGCGCCUUUGAUAAUCUCAUGGACACAAGUUAGCAUGAAGCUCUGCACCUUUCUAAGGAAGGGAGAAAUUGGUCCUGGAUUUUAAGAUUUUUGACAUUCAGAAAGAAGUUUUAGUGGUUGGGGGAAAUCAGCCAAUACAUGCAUUGGAACUGAUGGUUUUAACUAGCUGUGUUGGAAAGUGAAUUUCACUCUGAAAGUAGGACGGUUGUAGCUGGAAUGACAAUUAAUGCCGUGUGGGCAAAAUCUCUGCUGGAAGCCGGUAUCUGAAUAGAACAAGAACUCUGGCUCUCCCUACCAGUCCUUCCCUCCUCUUUCGUGAUUUGGCCCUAUAUUGGCUGUUGAGUGUGGUGGCUUCCAUUUUUAAUUAGCCAGCUGGGCAAAAUUUAGUUCAUUGUGUCCCUUCAGUUAAUUAUCGUGAAACUGUUCUCUCUUCCCCCUCCCCCUCCCCCAUUAUAGAGCAGCCUGGGAUUUGGCAAUCUGGGGUCCAGCAUUUUGCUUUUGAGGUAUUAUUGGGUGCCAGCUGUCUGCCUUAACUGAAGAUUUGAUCUAAGAGAAAUUUAAUCUAAAAAGGGGCAGGGAAGUCCAGAGGAACAGAGAACGUAUACCUGCAGGAUCUGCAAAACUUCAUUCUUGAAAAACUAGGGGGGCAAACCGCCCCAGAAGGAGCACAAAGUUUCCCCCCACCUCCCACAAAGGCACUAGGGAAGUCUUAAGUGUCUUAAUCAGAUGAAUUUAGAUUUGUGUCCUUGCUAAGGGCUUUAAAGGCAGGACAUUAAAGGCUGUAGACAACAAAUGUAAGAAUUAGGAACAAGGUAGACAUCAUGCUUUUCAAGAACCUGUCACACAGAAGAAGACAAAGAGUAAUUCUCUGCCGCCCCACAAGGUAGGACCAGCUAGAGAGUCUUAAGACUUAAAGUAACAUUUAAGUAAGUUUUCGGAAGAAUUUAUAGCUGCCAGAGGCAGCACAAGCGUUCUCCCAGGCCACCUCCCUCAGAUUGCCUUUCUCUGAGGAAGGGAGUCGUCCCACUGAAGGAAGCAGAGAGGAAAGAUGGAGGUGGAUUGACUCCUAGCACUGCCUCUGCGUCAGCAGAGCAAAACUUGUGAAAAGUAAGCAGGGAGGAGAGGAAGAAGAAGAAGAAGAAGAAGAAGAAGAGUCUGGAUUUGAUAUCCCGCUUUUUGUUGUUGUUUAUUCGCUUAGUCGUGUCCGACUCUUCGUGACCCCAUGGACCAAAGCACGCCAGGCACUCCUGUCUUCCACUGCCUCCCACAGUUUGGUCAAACUCAUGCUGGUAGCUUCAAGAACACUAUACAACCAUCUCGGCCUCUGUCGUCCCCCUUCUCCUCCAUCUUUCCCAACAUCAGGGUCUUUUCCAGGGAGUCUUCUCUUCUCAUGAGGUGGCCAAAGUAUUGGAGCCUCAGCUUCACGAUCUGUCCUUCCAGUGAGCACUCAGGGCUGAUUUCCUUCAGAAUGGAGAGGUUUGAUCUUCUUGCAGUCCAUGGGACUCUCAAGAGUCUCCUCCAGCACCAUAAUUCAAAAGCAUCAAUUCUUCGACGAUCAGCCUUUUUUAUGGUCCAGCUCUCACUUCCAUACAUCACUACUGGGAAAACCAUGGCUUUAACUAUACGGACCUUUGUUGGUAAGGUGAUAUCUCUGCUCUGAAGAAGGUAGAGUUGCCAUAUUCCCAAAAGUGAAAAUCUGGACAAAGUUGUUGAGCAUUUCUUUCUUUCUUUCUUUCUUUCUUUCUUUCUUUCUUUCUUUUUUGUCAAAGUUAUUGAGCUACAACAAUUGUAAAAGAAUUUUUAAAUUAAAAAAAAUACCCCACUUGCCAUACAACCUGUUUUCACCAAUUCAGAGAAAAUCUGUCCGGACGCCAUUUGAAAGCAUGUUUCCCAGCAGUGUCCAGGAUAAUCCAGAUGCAUGGCAGCCCUGAAGAAAACUCAUUUCACAGCCAUGCAGCAAGGGAGCAGUCUUUCAUUGCCUUUGGUUCAGCGACUGUCGUGUGUAUAAACAGAGUGGUACUGGGUCUCAAGCUUGCUUGGCAGCUAGGCAACCUAUCACAAAGUGCUCUUCAGUUCUACAGUUUCCUAAAAAUGAGAGGAAAAGCAGUCUGCAUGCCUAGAGGCAUCAACAUAUUUAAUUGAUGUAUUCCACAAAUCAGCUCCGGAAUGGAAAAGAUUCUUGGCAGAGAAGGCAAGAAAUAUAUGCAGGAAAACGAGAGGGUGCGAGAGGCAGAUGAAAUAGGAAAUCUGCUAGACGGAAGGAAGCACAUAGAAGAAACACUGGUGCCUGUGAAAGGGUGGAGAAGCAGGAGAUAAAGGGGAAGUGGCUGGUGGUGGCAGGAGCCAGAGGGCAGCUGAGUUAGUAGAUGGAGGCAUGGGAAGGAGAGGAGAGAUGGGUGACCCAGAACCAGGGGAGAGGAAGCUUGUGACUCAUGAAAAGCAAGGGCGAACAAAUGAGAGAGAGACUCUCCGACAGGUCUAAACCACUGAACCUCUUGGGCUUGCUGAUCAGAAGGUCGGUGGUUCGAAUCCCUGCAAAGGGGUAAGCUCCUGUUGCUCUGUCCCAGCUCCUGCCAACCUAGCAGUUCAAAAACACGCCAGUGCAAGUAGAUAAAUAGGUACCACUGCAGCAGGAAGGUAAAUGGCAUUUCCAUGUGCUCUAGUUUCCGUCGUGGUGUUCCGUUGCUCCAGAAGCAAUUUAGUCCUGCUGGCCACAUGACCCAGAAAGUGCUCUGUGGACAAACGCCGGCUCCCUUGGCCUGAAAGCGAGAUGAGCGCCACAAACCCAUAGUUGCCUUUGACUGAACUUAACCGUCCAGGUGUCCUUUACCUUUACCUAGAAUAUGGUUGUGAUCAUGUUUAGAUAUUCUGAGUAAACUAGAAUUGUAUGGCAUCUUUUCCAUUUUCUUUCCUUGCAGAUUAUUUAAGGACCGAUACAACAUUCCUUGAAGAACUGGUGGUUGGCAGUGGCGAAAACAUCGAACUCCUGUGUAACUCUCCGGUCUCUUCUAUGUCUGUCUUCUGGUAUAAAGAUGGCAUUGGGAUUUCACCUACUAACCGAACUCAUCUUGUCCAGAAGUUGUUAAGGAUUAUCAAUGUAUCUUACGAUGACUCUGGCCUCUACAGCUGUAAGCCAAGGCACUCCACUGAAAUGCUCAGGAACUUCACAGUACGAGUAACAGGUGAGUUCAGUCCCCCCCCCCCGUUUUCUCUUUGCUUUUCUGCCAAUCACCUGGAUCCAUGCUCACAUCCCCAAAUCAAAAGUGCAUUUUAAAGAGUUUUGCAUCUGGUUCUAAUCUGAUCUGAAAAUCAAAUUGCUUUGACCAGUGUUGAUUGGCCAAUGUUGUUUCCUUUUAUAUAUAUAUAAUUUUUAUUGAUUUUAACGUAUAAAUUAUAAAAUGUACCACAAAACUUAUCACUUAUACAAUCUUUUUAGGCUUCCAUCAGCACCUCUGAUGAUCCACCGUUUUAACCACUUCUUAUGCAUUUCUUAACUUUAUAUUGCCUUUACAUCUCUUAACAAAUCAUCCUUCCUCUUCUCCAUUUUUGCAAUACUUCCAAUAAUCUCCUCACAAAACUUCUUGCAAACCUACAAACGUCGUCUGAUCUUCACAAAUACUUUUCAAAUAGUCCAUAAAUUUACUCCAGUCUUCCGUGAAUUUCUGGUCCCGCCGGUUUCGAAUCCUUCCUGUUAGUUUAUCUAGUUCUGCAUAGUCCAUUAACUUCAUCCUCCAUUCUUCAAUCGUCGGCAAUUCUUCUUGCUUCCAUUUUUGGACCAAUGUUGUUUCGCAUUAUCCAACAAAGUUUGUGAUACUGUUUAGUCUGCCUAGGUUGCAGCUUCCUGACUUGAAAAGUGUUAGGUUAACAAAGAAGCUACAGACUGCUAACUCAGUUCUGGAAUGCUCUCUGUGGAAUAACAGGAGGACCCCAGGUGCUUGGACAUGGAUGUGAAUGAUUUUUCCACUAUUGUAGUUUGUCUACCUUUGGUCUCACCUGUGGCCCCUAGCCGCUUCUUGGGAAUGGCUUUGAAUGGCCAGCUAAACUGGGCAAGGGUAGCCCGUGGGUCUCAAACCCUUGGACUUCCCCUGCAUGUGAAGACAGGUUCUGGCUGAUUGAGCAGACGAGGCCAGUUUCUACACCUGCUGUAGAGGGGCAGAUGGGGCUCGUCAGCCAGAGAAGGUAGCCCAUCUAGGAGAAGGAAAGCUCUGGUCCAAACUUCCACUGCCUUUUGGGAUAUCUUUGGGAGGAGGAGAAGGCUAAGGAGUGAACCCUACACCAGUAAGGAGUGGUGUCCCUAAGACUGCUGGAUGGUGCCUUGUACGCCUCCUUCCGGCAACAGCAAGGCCAAGAGGGAUGUCUUGUUGUCGGGGCAGCCCAGGACCUCCAUAAAAAUUUGAGCUCCCAGGAGGUCCCUUGGGUGCUCCAAACACAGCAGCUUGACUUCAUCCCUGGAGACGCACUCCAUUGUCUCUUGACUGUCUCUCUCUUGGUUGUGGGCAAACUGGGGAGAGGGGAGAGAAAUGAUGGGGUGGAACCCAUGGCACUUGCUCAAGAAUCCAGAGGUUUUCACGGUGGUGGGCAACCCCCAGAGGAGAUGUGAGAAGGGAACGUCGCUGCUGAGUAUUCUUGCAUUAUGGAGGGUGCAUCUCUUUACCAACCUCCGUUUUCGUUUUGAUCUUUUCAUGAUACACAUUCAAGUUCACAGGCCCAAUGUAUAACGACCGGGAAUGGGAAGAAAUUUGAUUCAGUUUGCAUUUAAAGCUAUCAAAUCUAUACUUUCUGAAGAGAACACUCCCCAACCAUCAGCGUCAGUCUUCAAGGGGGCGAAUGGAAAGGCCGUUCAGUUGACAUCGCCAGUUAAAUUGGGAUGUUGCCCUGUGCAAUCGCCUCUGCUUUUGAGCUAGCUGUGGAUAAUUAUUAUUAUUAUUAUUUAUUUAUUUUUAUUUAUACCCCGCCCAUCUGGCUGAGUUUCCCCAGCCACUCUGGGCGGCUCCCAAUCAAAUGUUAAAAACAAUACAGCAUUAAAUAUUAAAAACUUCCCUGAACAGGGCUGCCUUCAGAUGUCUUUUAAAGAUAGGAUAGCUGCUUAUUUCCUUCACAUCUGAAGGGAGGGUGUUCCACAGGGUGGGCACCACUACUGAGAAGGCCCUCUGUCUCCUUACUUCACGCAAUGAGGGAACCACCAGAAAGCCCUCAGCGCUGGAUCUCAGUGCUAAACGAUGGGGGUGGAGAUGCUCCUUCAGGUAUACAGGACCAAGGCCGUUUAGGGCUUUAAAGGUCAGCACCAACACUUUGAAUUGUGCUCGGAAACGUACUGGGAGCCAAUGCAGAUCUCUCAGGACUGGUGUUAUGUGGUCUCGGCGGCUGCUCCCAGUCACCAUUCUAGCUGCCGCAUUCUGGAUUAGUUGCAGUUUCCGGGUCACCUUCAAAGGUAGCCCCACAUAGAGCACAUUGCAGUAGUCCAAGCAGGAGAUAACUAGAGCAUGCACCACUCUGGCGAGAUAGUCCGCGGGCAGUAGGGUCUCAGCCCUCCGCAUCAGAUGUGGUGUUGUAUUCUUGUGCAAAAGCGCCUAGGCAGGGCCAGCCAAAGGGUGGGAGUCAACAUGCCAUCCGACAGGUCUUGUGGCUUCUCGUGACAACACAUCCCUAUCACCCUAAAACAUGAUCGCAGCAGAGUGAGUGCUUCUCAGAUAAUGAAUGACCCAAGGAUGAAAGUGAAAAAUACAGCAUGAAACUGGUCCAACCGAAAAAAUGAUAGUUGCCUUUGAUAAACAGCAGCAAAGGAUGGGCAUGCCAUGCAUGGCUCGAAUGUAGGGUGUUGCUUUAGUUGCACCAGUGCAAAAACUGGGGGCUUCGACUGUGACUCGGUAAGCACAGUUUUUGAAAGGGAAGUCCCUUUGACUUCCAAAUGGGUAUGUUUCAGAUUGAAACGGUAAGUAAGUAAGUAGGUAAAUUUUUAUUUAUACCCCACCCUCCCCGGCCAAGACUGGCCUCAGGGUGGCUAACAUCAAAUAUAAAAUACACUAAAACACAAUCAAACAAUUGAUUAAAAUACAGCUUAAAAAUUAGAAUCAGGAUAAAAUUAAGUGAUUGCCCACGAAUUACAACCAUAGGGGUCGGGAACCUCAAGUAUUCAUCCAUGUUGGUCCCACAUGAGCCGAUAAAAGGGCCAAAGAGUUAACUUACAGGGUCCCAUAGAGGGGGGGUCAAACUGGGCCCGGACUGAACGCCAGGUGGAACAACUCCGUCUUGCACGCCCUGCAGAAGGAUGUCAAGUCCCGCAGGGCCCUGGUUUCCUGUGAUAACCUGUUAACGCUUAAUUAAAACCAGCUCAGUGGAAGCAUAUUCUCUUGGUACAGGGGCAGUUUUACACUCCUGGCAAAUAGAAGGGGAAGAAAUGGAGGCAGUGAGAGAUUUUACUUUCUUGGGCUCCAUGAUCACUGCAGAUGGUGACAGCAGCCACGAAAUUAAAAGACGCCUGCUUCUUGGGAGAAAAGCAAUGACAAACCUAGACAGCAUCUUAAAAAGCAGAGACAUCACCUUGCCAACAAAGGUCCGUAUAGUUAAAGCUAUGGUUUUCCCAGUAGUGAUGUCUGGAAGUGAGAGCUGGACCAUAAAGAAGGCUGAUCGCCAAAGAACUGAUGUUUUUGAAUUAUGGUCCUGGAGGAGACUCUUGAGAGUCCCAUGGACUGCAAGAAGAUCAAACCUAUCCAUUCUUAAGGAAAUCAGCCCUGAGUGCUCACUGGAACGACAGAUCCUGAAGCUGAGACUCCAAUACUUUGGCCACCUCAUGAGAGGAGAAGACUCCCUGGAAAAGGUCCUGAUGUUGGGAAAGAUUGAGGGCACAAGGAGAAGUGGACGACAGAGGACGAGAUGGUUGGACAGUGUUCUCGAAGCUACAAACAUGAGUUUGACCAAGCUGCGGGAGGCAGUGGAAGACAGAAGUGCCUGGCGUUCUCUGGUCCAUGGGGUCAUGAAGAGUCGGACAGGACUAAACGACUAAACAACAACAGUGGAAGCAUAUUCUCUUGGUACAGGGGCAGUUUUACAUUAUGCAAUGUAAAUGAAAGAGUACUGAAAAAAACAAUAUAUUGCUGCAUGUUAUAUAUCUUUAUUGCCACACCCUCAGCUGGAAUGUUACAUUCAGGUUGUGGUUUCCAAAGAAAUUUUGAAUUUCAAGAACUUCCAAAGAGCAGAAGAGAACAUUCAAAGCAACGUGGAAGAGCAAAAAGGACCUAGAGAUAUUUUCAUGUUACGACAACGGACUGUAAAUAUAGAGUCCGCGUAGCUGCACAGGGGCAAUAAACAUGAUCUUGCUUGUUUUUUUUCAUUGGCAGUGCCUGGCUCUUGGCAGUGGAUAAUUCUAAUACGAACAUGAUUUUGCCAAGCUGAUUUCCUCAGCAAAACCACUUUUAUACUGGUCAUCGACAAGCCGCCGACUUAAAACGAGCUUGUGAGCCUUUCAAAACUGUGAAAACGGAAACGAUUAGAAUGUGCCAAUUGGUUUACAAAACCUCAAAUUGGUUUACAAAAUAUAGAUGGUAAAAUCAAGAAAAAUUCACAACCCCACUUUAAGGCAUACAAAAGUUAAAAGUUAAAAUACUAAAACAGAUUAAAAUUACCUCAACUUUCUAAGCAGCUGGGUAGGCUUGUCUAUACAAGUAUGUCUUAAACAGGUACUGAAAAGUGUACAGUGAAGGCACAUGCUUGAUUUUAAGCAGAGGCUUGACAGCCAUAUGUCAGGAGUGCUUUGAUGGUGUUUCCUGCUUGGCAGGGGGUUGAACUUGAUGGCCCUUGUGGUCUAUUCCAACUCUAUGAUUCUAUGAUUCUAUGAUUCUAUGAUUCUAUGAUCUCAAUAGGCAGGCAGUUCCAAAGUUGUAGGUGCUGCCACACUAAACGAGAGAGUUCUUAUGAAAGGGUACCUGUGCGUUGCCCCUGUUUAUUUUGGAUGAGAGUUGACGUGAAAGAGAUUUUUUUAUAACUAUCAAAGACGAUACGUUUUCAUUCUUUUUAUUUGAGUUUUUAAAAGCAGACUACAAAAACCUCAGUCAAUAGGUUCCCUUGUAGUUAUGUUAUGUGUAGCAGCCACCCAGGCGAUCUGCGUAAAAUGCCAUCCUUUCAGUUGUUCCAUUUUUCUCCUCAUGUGGGAGCUUGUCAUUUCACCAGAUUUCUUCAGGGACAAUUUCUUUGGGUACAUCUUUGCUCGAACUGUUUAUAUAUAAAGGUUUUCUGACCAUCCUCAUUUUGUAGUAAAGUGCAAACAAACGGGGACGUUGUUUUUUUUUAUGAUGGAAUUGAGAUUUUGGUUGGUUUUCAUUAGCGCCUUUUAACAGAAGUGGCUAAGUAGAGUGGAACAACCACCCCAACUUCCCAGCAAUUGCGUCACUAUUUCUUACUGGGAGGGGGGGGGUGAAGAGGUCUGUUUUAGCUGAUGGCAGACUAAAUGUGAGCAGCAGUUGAUUUGACUCCUAAAAAAGCAAUUGCAGUCUUAGGCUGCAUAAACAGAAGCUGUGUCCAGAUAGCAAGAAAUAAUAAUUCCACUGUCCUUUACUGGUCUUGCUGUAUUUUGAGUACAGUGGUACCUCGGUUUAUUAACUUAAUCCGUUCUGGAAGUCCGUUCUUAAACCAAAGCUGUUCUUAAACCAAGGAGAGCUUUCCCUUAUGAGGCCUCCCGCUGCCAGUCCCCUUCCACCAUUCAGAUUCCAUUCUUAGACUGAGGUAAAGUUCAUAAACCGGGACACCUACCUCCGGUUUUGCGGAGUUCGUAAACCGAAUAGUUUGUAAACAGGGCUGUUCUUAAACCGAGGUACCACUGUACUGCCUCUAGUUCAGAAUGCCCUACUUUAAGGACAUUGAUAGAACUGAACCACCUGUGGUUUUUAAUUUCCUUUGUUCUAAAGAUCAUUAUUGAUAUUCUGGGCUUAGCCGGACUGUAUCCCUGUGUUUGUGGAUGAGUGGAUUUUUGUGUUAGUAAGUUCAGAAGUAAAAGUUGAGUUCAGAAGAUCACAGCUUUAUUGGGAUAACGUUGGGAUGUGCCAAUUAAUACGUUUUGAUAAUGGAAAAUCAUUGCAGGAAUGAAUUGAAAAUUUUGCCUCCACAAAAUGUAAUUUCCACCCCUCCCUUGCUUCUCUUUCAAGAUUCUCCAUCAUCAGGUGAUGAUGAAGAGGAAGAUGAAGAUGAAGAUGACUCUGAAGAUGGAGGUAAAUAUCUGGGGUUUGGGACACAUGCAAAGUAAUUCUCAAGAAUGCUUAUACUAGCUAAACUACUAGCAUCAAUGGGGCUUGGAACUGUUGGAAUCAUUUGUGCAGAUGGGGGGGAGAGAUUGGCAUAUAGGCUCCAGUGAUUUCAACCUUUGUUUUACAAUAUCUAGCACUGAGUCAAAACUUUUCAGUGUUUCAAUGUUUUUACUGUUACCUUUUUGAGUGGUUAUGCUACUGGCACCAAAGACCUCAAUUUCCUCAGUUGUUUUCUAAGGGCAGCAAUCCAUUCUUCACUAGAGAUAAUUUUUAAAAAGAGUUUCAGAAUUAAUCAGGAAGCCCUUUUUUAGAAGAUUGGGUGUGUAAACUCUUCUUCUGUUUCUGUGGCUCCCCCAUUGCUGUCCUUAAAUAGCAACUGAAUUGUGGGGGGGGGGGGGUUUCCAUGCAACAUAUUGUGUUUGCUUCUACCACUGCCUUAAUUUGGAGUCAAUAUGCGAUAUUUGUAACAGUGCCAAGGAAGAGUGCUGCCUACUUAAAGAAAAUCAUGGGAAAUACCUGGGAAGGACAGUGGUAUUUCAAAACCACUGCAUUCAAAGGUAGCAGAACCCUUUAAAAUUGAAAUCACUAAGAAUUUUUAAAAGUCUUUUUGUUUUUUCCUAUGUAUGAACUAGGGUUAUUUGGGACAAUGGGAUGAAGUGCUUUGCACUUCACACAUACCUAUGCACUGAAUUGGUGCACUGAUUAUUAACGUGAUUUUGCUGACCUCUUUGCUGACUGCUGGGACGUGGGUGGUGCUGUGGGUUAAACCACAGAGCCUAGGGCUUGCCGAUCAGAAGUUCGGCGGUUCGAAUCCCCGCGACGGAGUGAGCUCCCGUUCCUCAGUCCCUGCUCCUGCCAACCUAGCAGUUUGAAAGCACGCCAGUGCAAGUAGAUAAAUAGGUACCGCUCCAGCGGUAAGGUAAACGGCGUUUCCGUGCACUGCUCUGGUUCGCCAGAAAAAGAGGGAUAAGUAUUCUUACUUUAAAGGACCAUUAUUAGGUAAGAUUAGAUUUAGCAUCUGAUCCAGCAAACAAGAUUCUCAAACAAGAGACGCACCCUAUUUCCUCUCCUACAUGAUUAACUCCUUUGUGGGUGGCGCUGUGGGUUAAAGGGCCUAGGACUUGCCGAUCAGAAGGUCGCGGUUCGAACCCCCACGACGGGGUGAGCUCCCGUUGCUCGGUCCCAGCUCCUGCCCACCUAGCAGUUCGAAAGCAUGUCAAAGUGCAAGUAGAUAAAUAGGUACCGCUCCAGCGGGAAGGUAAACGGUGUUUCCGUGCGCUGCUCUGGUUUGCCAGAAGCGGCUUAGUCAUGCUGGCCACAUGACCCGGAAGCUGUACGCCGGCUCACUCGGCCAGUAAAGCGAGAUGAGCGCCACAACCCCAGAGUCGGCCACGACUGGACCUAAUGGUCAGGGGCCCCUUUACCUUUACCUAUGCUGACUGCUGCCACUCAGUCCAUGUGCACUGGCCUUCCGUACACCUUCUUGCAAACAGACGAGGCGCUUCUUUUGAGGUGCUUCCUGUGACGGCAUUCUGAUCGCUGGAGGCCCUCUUCUGAAGCACCUUGGGAAGAAAUUUCUUUAGUGCUUAUUGUUGCUUGUUGUCUCUUUUUUCUGAGAUCUUUCUGUUGUGUGUCGAGACCCUGAAGCCACCCCCUCGUUGAUGAAUAAGACACAAGGACAUGGAUAUUAGGUUAAUGGUUAUUGGGCAAAUUUAGGCCACAACUUUAUUGGUUACAGAAUGUGAGCGGUAUUGGCUUAGGCAUUGGAGUUGACCUGACUAUAGCUGACUCCUGCCCGUCACGCAGGGAGUCCAGUAAGGGUCAACCACCGGUAGGGGGAGCCCCGUCGAUGCAAACCAACUCAAACUCCCCCUGGCUUCCCGAUGGGGUCGUGACAUAGCCCUAGCCCCGCCCCGAGCUUCGGACAAGAUCCACACCCCUAGAUUCCUUUAACGGAAUACCCUUCAGCUUGGAGGGGCAGGUGAUGGCCACACCUCCCCUGCCCCAUCAUAAGGUCAACCAAUGCCUAACCGCCAAACCUUACAAAGUUGCGACGAUUGCUACAAGGUAGGCGAAAACCAAAUGGCCCGUGCCAGGUUGCCAAGUGGAAAAAUUCCUACUAGGCCCCUCAAGGGCGACCAACCGAGGUCCAUAGCAAGGCCAAUGUUGAAACCUGAAAAUAGGGAGGGCAGGUGGGAGAUCGAGGAGGCGAGCCAAGAGGAAGCUCUCCAGCUCGUGUUACGUUGAAAUGGGGCCCGGCAACGCCCCCCAGCCAGUGGAUUGGCUGGCUGGAGAUGAUGUGGCCGGGAACUCCCCCGGAGGGGAGUGGUUGGCCACGUGGUCCACCGCAACUCCUCCCCACUGGGAAGUGGAGUGGAUUUGCCCACCUUUCUUGACUUGCUGAGCUCAGCAUUUUACUGAGGAGAGAGCUUUCUCAUUCAUAUAGCCUGAGGACCUUAAUCCGAUGCUAACUUGGCAUGGCGUUUGUUUUUCAUUUCACUGAGGUCACUUUGGAGCCGUUUCAGUUCUGUCAAGAAUUGGGUCUCAUCAGCAAGCUUCUCCGAGGCUCAAAUGACAACUACCUUGCUCUUUCCCAACCUAUGAAAACAACAAUGAUUUUGCUGAAACUAAAUCUAGCUGUAGUAGUUUGGCUGCUGUUCCACAUAAUAGAUCGCAUCACAUGCUUGCCAACAGACAUGGUGUGUUUCUUCAGUUGCUCUGCUUUGUGUCUACAGUUGCUCCUUACUGGACCCGUCUCGAGAUAAUGGAUCGGAAGCUUCUGGCUGUUCCUGCUGCAAACACCGUUCGCUUUCGCUGCCCGGCUGCUGGAAAUCCCUCUCCUUCUAUACACUGGCUGAAAAAUGGCAAAGAAUUCAAGGGAGAGCACCGUAUUGGGGGCAUCAAAGUAAGACGUCAGCGGUCUAAACAUUGAUUUGGUCCAUUCCUUAACCUCCAGCUUUGAAAACCUCUUGGAAUUGUCGCACCUGAAGUUUUGCCCACUGAACAAUUUUGAAAGGGCUGUUGGAUAUGGGAUCCACCACUUUUACAUCAUACAUCAUUUCCUUCCCAGUCUGUACUUCUUUAUAGCCAAACUGGUUUGCAGAUUCUCUCCUUGGGUAUAAUUUUUAGAAUGCAAAAUGUGAUGUGGAUACUGUCAUAAACUGAAUAUAUUGGUGAGACAGUUGAAGCAUAUGAACAGCGUUGUAGGUAUUCCCCAUGUAUUUGGAUGAAUUAUUAGAUUCAGGUUGUUCUUGAAUCAUUCAGCCCAGACACUGAGGUCCAGCUCCGAGGGCCUUCUGGCGGUUCCCUCACUGCGAGAAGUGAGAUUACAGGGAACCAGGCAGAGGGCCUUCUCGGUAGCGGCACCUACCCUGUGGAACGCUCUCCCAUCAGAUGUCAAGGAAAUAAACAACUAUCUGACUUUUAGAAGAUAUCUGAAGGCAGCCCUGUUUAGGGGAGUUUUUAAUGUUUGAUGUUUUAUUGUGCUUUUAAUAUUCUGUUGGAGCUGCUCAAAGUGGCUGGGGAAACCCAGCCAGAUGGGCAGGGUAUAAAUAAAUUAUUAUUAUUAUUAUUAUUAUUAUUAUUAUUAUGUUCCCCAACCCCUAGCUGCAGCCCGUUUACAAAUUUCGUGAGAAUUUUCCUAUGUUGCUGAACCUAGUGUAUGUACAAAAAAUACCAGGAAGCAUGUCUGCCACUUUGAGAAAGCAAAGUAAUACUGUUAGCUUUAAACUAGCACAUUUGCCGUGAUUAACAUCCUGAGGAAUUAAAUGAAUGCUCAUUCCUCAAAAGUUUGUUUGGUUCAUGUGAAUAAUCCCCAAUCCCAUUUAUCGGGCCCUAUAAAAGGAGAGUGGAGUGUUUUUUGGGGGGGGGCGGUUCAAGAGUUGUUUUGGCUAUGAUCAAAUACUUCUUCCUGACCAUUCUGAUGUAGGAAAUUACUGAAGUUUUGUUUGAGAUUAAUUCUCACAUUAACUAGCUGCAGACUACAUAUUUAACAGCACAGGAAUAGGUUUCCGUCGGGAUAUUAAACUUUUGAUAGAAAGUCUUUAAAAUGGGAUCAGAGCUGAGAUUGACUCGGCUUCCUUGUUGCUUUAGUACUUUUAGCAACCAGGUUCCAAAUCUGAAUUCCUUUUGCCGUAUUUCACUUCACUCUCUUCUGAGAUAGAUCCUGCAAAGGAGGCUGAUUUGUGGUUAUUCUUCAUUUCCCCCUCUGCAGUUGCGACAUCAGCAGUGGAGCCUCGUCAUGGAAAGUGUGGUUCCAUCAGAUCGAGGCAACUACACCUGUGUGGUGCGGAAUAAAUAUGGCAUCAUUUGGCAUACCUACCAGCUUGAUGUUCUUGGUAAGUGUUCUUUCUGCCUGUUUGCACCCGGUGGACAGUGUUACUCAGGUGGCUUGGGGCUGGGGGUGGACGUGAUUUAGUUCCUUCCCGCUGGGCUUUCUACUUACUGGCCUAGUAGUCACAAGUCUGCACAACUGCAGCCUCCAGAAUUCAAGGGCAGCCUCACAUACAGUGCAUUGUUGUUGUUGUUUAGUCGUGUCCGACUCUUUGUGACCCCAUGGACCAGAGCACACCAGGCACUCCUGUCUUCCACUGUUUCCCACAGUUUGGUCAAACUCAUGCUGGUAGCUUCGAGAGCACUGUCCAACCAUCUCGUCCUCUGUCGUCCCCUUCUCCUUGUACCCUCCAUCUUUCCCAGCAUCAGGGUCUUUUCCAGGGAGUCUUCUCUUCACAUGAGGUGGCCAAAGUAUUGGAGCCUCAGCUUCACGAUCUGUCCUUCCAGUGGCUGAUUUCCUUCAGGAUGGACAGGUUUGAUCUUCUUGCAGUCCAUGGGACUCUCAAGAGUCUCCUCCAGCACCAUAAUUCAAAAGCAUCAAUUCUUCGGCGAUCAGCCUUCUUGAUGGUCCAGCUCUCACUUCCAUACAUCACUACUGGGAAAACCAUGGCUUUAACCAUAUGGACCUUUGUUGGCAAGGUGAUGUCUCUGCUUUUUAAGAUGCUGUCUAGGUUUGUCAUUGCUUUUCUCCCAAGAAGCAGGCGUCUUUUAAUUUCGUGGCUGCUGUCACCAUCUGCAGUGAUCAUGGAGCCCAAGAAAAUAAAAUCUCUCACUGCCUCCAUUUCUUGCCCUUCUAUUUGCCAGGAGGUGAUGGGCCCAGUGGCCAUGAUCUUCGUUUUUUUGAUGUUGUGCUCCAGACCAUAUUUUGCGCUCUCCUCUUUCACCCUCAUUAAAAGGUUCUUUAAUUCCUUAAGAGGUUCUUUAAUUCCAUACAGUGCAUUACAGUCGUCCAAAGGGACUGGUGCUUGCAUAUGGCUUAUGCAACGUACUCUGACUGCAGAAUUUGGAUUCCCUUGGGGCUGAAUGGGUAUUUGUUGAUGCCGCCUCCGCAGAGCCCUGUCUUUUGUUAUUUGUCUCUUUCUGGCUGUUAGGUUAUAGCUAUAUGUGGCCAAGAGAACUGGGCCUGGAGUCAACAUGCAGCAAAUGUCAGGGCCCGUGGUGCUCAGAGGAACCAUUGGGGGUUAAGCCACCACUACCUUCUUAACUUUUUUCUUUUAGCCCGGGAUUCAUCAGAGAAGUGUAAAACGAAGUGACUGCAAUCCCUUCUCUCAGUGCUUCUCUGUCAAAUGUUGGGCUCAGUGUCAUCACCUGUCUCUGGCUCCCAAGGAUGCUGGCCCUGGAGAUAAUUAUUUUGCCUUGAGAAAAGCCUCCACUGCCCAGUAUUAUUUUAAUUUACCUUCCUUGUGUGAUUCCGCUGAGCAUAUACCUGUCUUUCUUAUGGUCUGAGCUUAGACCAAGACUGUAUGCUGCCAUGCUAAUGUAAAAAGGUAAAGGUAAAGGACCCCUGACAGUUAAGUCCAGUCGCGAAUGACUCUGGGGUUGCGGCGCUCAUCUCGCUUUACUGGCCGAGGGAGCCGGCGUUUGUCCGCAGAUAGUUUUUCUGGGUCAUGUGGCCAGCAUGACUAAGCCGCUUCUGGUGAAACCGGCACAGCACACGGAAAUGCCGUUUACCUUCCCACCGGAGUGGUACCUAUUUAUCUACUUGCACUUUGAUGUGCUUUCGAACUGCUAGGUUGGCAGGAGCAGGGACCGAGCAACAGGAGCUCACCCCGUCGCAGGGAUUCGAACCGCCGACCUUCUGAUCACCAAGCCCUAGGCUCUGUGGUUUAGACCACAGCACCACCGCUGAUGCUUAAUCUGAGAUUCUGCACUGUAUAGAAUAACAAGUCAAAGCACCAACAUCGUCUUGCCAUAAAUCGGUUGCCCUGCAGUUGUUUACAGCGGAUCCUUCCUCUGACUGAAUUCGCACAGCAGCAUUCAAAGGCUUUCCAAAAAAAGAACCAUCUUCCAAAAGAGCGCUCUCUAUAUAUCAGGUUCCCAAUGAACUACUGGAAAAGAGCCAGCUCAUUCCUCCUGUGUUUUCUUCUGCAGAAAGAUCACCCCACCGUCCUAUUCUCCAGGCAGGAUUGCCUGCUAACCAGACUGUGGUGAUUGGGAGUGAUGUUAAAUUCCUGUGCAAAGUGUACAGCGAUGCCCAGCCUCACAUCCAGUGGCUGAAACACGUGGAGGUCAAUGGAAGCAAAUAUGGACCAGAUGGGACUCCGUAUGUCACUGUCCUAAAGGUUGGUACACAGCUACACAUCCCCUCUAUGGCCAUUGCAUGCUAGAGUUUGACCUAUACUCUUGAGGCACCGCCUCACAGCAGUGAAUACUUCUGGAACCUCUUGAUUUUGGCAUUAUUGACACUAAAGGCACAUACCUUAAAAGCAGGCAGAAAGCCAUGUAUCACUCUAAUUUCCCCCCAAAUUUGCAGGUACACCUGGGGGGAAAAUCUUCUGCAAAAUCCAAAAUAUGAUAGGGCUACUACCAGACUUGUGAGAAGCUGGUAUAGCAUAAUGGUUAAGAGACUGCAGCUGCAAUCCUAAUCCCAUUUACCUAGAAGUCGGCUGCAAUGAAUUUAAUAGAACUUUCUGAGAAGAUAUGGUUAGGAUUGCAUCAGUCAGGAAAUCUCUGGUUGAGCCUCGCUCCUGCCAUGAUCUUGUUAGGUGGUCUUAGGCAAGCCACCCCUUCUUAGCCUCAAAUCCCAGCAUUCACUGUCAGGCAACAGAGAAGUUUAUACUAACUUGCCUUACAGGGUCAUUGUAAGUAUUGCAGCUUGAUAACACAUGUUGAAAGCUUGAAUCAUAGACCCAUAGAAUUGUAUGUUUGGGAGGGACACCAGCAGUCAUCUAGUCCAAACCCCUACAAUGGUAGGAAUCACUUGAAAACACGGUCCAAAUGAAAAAGGGGUGGCGCUGUGGGUUAAACCACAGAGCCUAGGACUUGCCGAUCAGAAGGUCAGCGGUUCGAAUCCCCGCGUUGCUUGGUCCCUGCUCCUGCCAACCUAGCAGUUCGAAGUACAAGUAGAUAAAUAGGUACCACUCCGGCGGGAAGGUAAACAGCGUUUCCAUGCGCUGCUCUGGUUCGCCAGAAGCGGCUUAGUCAUGCUGGCCACAUGAUCCGGAAGCUGUACGCCGGCUCCCUCGGCCAGUAAAGCGAGAUGAGCGCCGCAACCCCAGAGUCGGUCACGACUGGACCUAAUGGUCAGGGGUCCCUGUACCUUUACCUUUAUGUUUGUAUGGAGAGUGAUGGAAUGUAAAAGCACCACUCUAUUUCAACAUAAAAGAUAGGGAGAAAUAACAGAAUUCAUAACAGGCUGUUAAAAUUGUAUAUACUUUGGUCCAGUUGAAGUUUGCAAGCUGUUCUUCAGAAACAGCCCCUCGCAGUGCACAUCAUGGUAAUCCAAUCUAGGUGUGACUAGGGCAUGGAUGAUGGAAGCCAGGUCUGUAGGACAGAGUGCAGCUGCCAUACCAGCCAAAACAACCACCUGCCUUUCAAUGUCAAGUGGAACCCCCCCAAGUUGGAAAUUUACUUUUUAAGGAGGAGUGCAAAUCCAUCCAAAACCUGAUUCCAGAUUGGAAUCCCCAGCUUUGAUGUCUAUGGCAGAUCCAUUCCUUGAUCCAGUCCAGGAUUCCCGAAUUAUGUGGACUGAGCAUAGACUUGUGGAGCUACAGAGAGGAACACCAGUCCCUAUGUAACUGGGAGCUAGGAAAGGGAUCUAAACUAAACUUCUUCAUCUAACAAGCAUCACUGAUGGGGCACUUUUGUGGCUCCCCACAAACGUUGGCCUUUACUAGCCUUCAGUGAGGCAGGGCCUGCCCUGCCAGCAGAGGCUCGGGAGGAAUCAUUACUGCCAUCUUUCAAAUAAUCUUCCGAAAACUGUGCUGUUUACGCAGGCCUUUACAACAUGAUUCCCCCUCCUUCCUUAACCAACCAGCAUUUACUGAUGUUUUUAUUGAGGCAGACCUAACCAUGAUCUUAUAAAUGGCCUUGAUAUAGUUCUAUGAAAGUGCAAACUAUUACCGUAUUUUUCACUCUGUAAGAUGCACUUUUUCCCUCCUAAAAAGUAAGGCGAAAUGUGUGUGCAUCUUAUGGAGCGAAUGCAGGCUGUGCAGCUAUCCCAGAAGCCAGAACAGCGAGAGGGAUUGCUGUGCAGCGCUCCCUCUCGCUGUUCUAGCUUCUGGCUUAGCCACGCUCUGUCCCUUCCCCCACCUCCCGGAAAAGCCCCCAAGAGCCGCGCUCCCUUUAAAGAGCCGCGCGGAACGUGUGUGUGGCUCUUGGGGGCUUUUCCCCGAGGAGGGAGAAAGGCAGCCCGUCAGUGACAGGCUGCCCUUCACCCUCCUCAGGGAAAAGCCUGCAAGCGCCGCACACACGCUCCACGCGGCUCUUUAAAGGGAGCGCUGAGCAGAGCCUGGGAUGCAUACAGCGCUCCCUGUUCAGCACUCCCUUUAAAGAAUAUUUUUUUCUUGCAUUCCCCCUUUAAAGACUGGGUGCGUCUUAUGGUCAGGUGCAUCUUAUGGAGCGAAAAAUACGGUAAUACUUCAGCAGAUAAAUGAUAAAAGGCGAGAUAAUGUGGAUCCUUAAAACACCCCAUAGGCAAGUAUCCACAGGGUGGGGCAGCAGUCUGCCAACUGAUCCUGAGAUCCCUCUUUAAAAUGAAGGGGCAACUGUGCUCCCCAAAAUAUGCAUGAGGACGGGAUACAGUUUUUAUAGCUGCCCAUAGCUCCAUCUUCUUGUGUUUGUAAGCUUGCAUUUGGCUUUCUCAGCUCUUCGUGUCCAGCUCUAGCAAAACUACAUUUCUGACAUACCUUCGAGGCAUCCAAGCAAGUACUGUUCUCUUGGAAGAUCGUGAAGAUCUCAUGAUCGUUACGCAAGCCGAACAUCAGGACCUUGGCAGAUCACUCAGCAGCCUGGGUGCAAGUGAAGCAGGCAAAUUGAACCAUUCCCCAGGCCCACAGUGAAUCCCAGACACUUGCUGAGUUUUCCCCCCUGCCUAAACCACGAUCAUGGCCACGGGCUUCUAGCACAGCCUUAACCAACCUGGCAACCUCUCUAAAUAUUUUGGACUACAACUCCCAUAAGCCCCAGCCAUCACAGAGCUGAAUUAAGUCCGUUGGGAGUCCAUCUUGAGGGCUCCCAGGUUCGUGAAGUUUGACCAAGAUGGAUUCCUUUUCAUUCUUCGCUUUAGUCUGUGUGACACAACCCGUGUCUUGGCUAGAUUUGGCCAGCUAAGGAUAUUUGCAAAUAACGAGCAAAUCAGCAUGAAGAUGAUCCUUCAGGGAGGGGUAGCCAACAUUCAGUAAUGGGAGCUGGAGACUCAUCAGUACAGUGGUACCUCAGGUUACAUAUGCUUCAGGUUACAUAUGCUUCAGGUUACAGACUCCACUAACCCAGAAAUAGUGCUUCAGGUUAAGAACUUUGCUUCAGGAUGAGAACAGAAAUCGUGCUCCGGCGGCGGCAGCAGGAGGCCCCAUUAGCUAAAGUGGUGCUUCAGGUUAAGAACAGUUUCAGGUUAAGAACAGACCUCCGGAACGAAUUAAGUACUUAACCCGAGGUACCACUGUAUUGGCUAUCCCUGUUUUAACCACUAUAACCCUGGUCCCCCAGGUGAACGUGAAAGGAAAUCUCCGUUAGUAGCUGCAACACUUACUGGCUUGUCAGGUGCAAGUAAACUCUGAAAACUGCAGCAAAUUGAAGGGAGCUCAUUUUUAAAAACGAGAACCUUCAGCCGAAGAAAAUUUUCAAAUGAGCAGCUUCACAAGCUGCUUAAAAAAUGAAAGAAAGAAACUCCGGUUUGGGGGGGUGGGGACAGGACACGGAAUUUGGCUCCCUAGCAAAAUCAGAGAGUCCCUUUUGGUCAAGUAAUGUGUACAUGUUUAAAAAAGAGCCGAGAAGCAGAAAUUCAGUCCUGUCUGUCUAAUGUGUGAUGCAGAGAUAUUGCUUGGUUUACUGAAGUUGAGGUUUCUGUCUAUUCUGCAGUCUCUGAUCAGUGCAAACGCUGAAGCCGAUGCUUACCUAAAUUUGUCUAAAGUGACAGAACAAGAUGAAGGCGAAUAUCUAUGUAGAGCCAACAAUUUCGUAGGCAGAGCCGAAAAAUCAUUUUGGCUCCACAUUGACAAAUCAAAACCAGGUAAACCCUCGACUCUGUCCCAAAGGCUUAGCAACUGCAAGAAUGAGCUGUAACGCUUGAAGAUGCUAGUCGUUUUAAAAAUUAAUAUUUUGUAGUCUUUCCUGUGUAUGUCAUGAUGUCACUACUUAUAUAUUAAGAUAAUAAAAUGCUUUUUUAAAAACAAAUCAGUUGCAAAGAAAAAAUUCCCACAUUGAUGACUGUCUGACUUUGCUCAUUACAUCUUUAUGGCUUCGAGUUGCAUGUUAACGACCUGAACUCUCAUAACCUUAUUAUAAUUUAUAGAUAGGCUUUACCGAUUUCAUUGUUCGUUGAACUCUAAAAAUCUCCUGCACAUCAAAUUCAGGUAUCAGGGAGGAAGAGAAAACUUCCCUGCAGUUAAAACAAUGUACAGGCCAGUAACUGAAAGAUCUCUGACGGAAACUGAGAAAGAGGCAGACAAUUCCUUCUCCAGCUUACAUCAGGAAUCUUUCAGUAAUUUGGCAUGUAAGUGUGAUGAAAAUCACCAGAAGUGGGGAACGAGUUACAAGUCACUGGUUUCAAAUUUGAUGUUUGGGUGGGUUGGGGGGAAAUCCUGAUCAAUUUUACAUUUUUAAAAGUUAAGCUCUCUUUCCCCCAUGCUUAACUCAUUACUCACAUUAACUGCAUUUUAUCCUUGCUCCUUCCCCUUACUUACUCUCUUUCCCUGUCUCCCUGCCCAGCCAUACUAACCAAAAGACAGUCAUAUAUAUGUGGAGGAAAUUUUUUCAUUCUUACGCUUUUGCUUGCAUGCAUUAUUAGUGGGACAGAGUAAGAGCCUGGUGAAGGGAACUCCUUGCUUUUUAAACAACUGGUUGUGGUAGGGCAUGAGGAUAAGCUACUGGCCUCUCAAAUAUUGUAAAUCUGCUUUUGAAAUUUGCCUGAGCAUCUGUGUUGCCUUCUCUGGAAAUUUGGCUUUGGAAUCCUGUGGGUUUCCCCCUUCCCCCCCUUCCUUCUUUAUCUUGUGUAUUUUUUUUCUCCCUCCGUAGACAGCAGGUGUUAACAAAACAGAUAAGGAGCUAGAAAUUCUGUACUUACGCAAUGUUACUUUUGAGGACGCUGGGGCAUAUACUUGUCUUGCUGGGAAUUCUAUUGGGUUUACACACCAUACUGCUUGGCUGACGGUAUUACCAGGUACUUCGGCUCUGUCACUUUUUCCCUUUCCUUUCUUAAGGGCCUCGGCGCCCACUUCCGAAAUGCCAAAUUCUUGAGCAGUAGAUGAGUGUUACUCUUAUAGCCAGCUUGCGCUGAAGCACACUUCACCUUUUCUGCGAUAUGUAACUUGUUAACCAAGUUGGCAGCCAAUGCUUCGAUUUCUCACUCCAGAAUGAAGUUGCAUCUAAGUGGGCAGGUGCAAUGCUCAUGGCUCAGUCUCAAAAUGGCCGUCAUCUAUUGAGAUGUGAUGCACAAUUUUACCUCCAUAGUACCACCAGUUUGUUUCAGACUAUGUGCCGCUCAAGCAUUUGACAUUUCUGUAUCUUGACUUUAUGAAUUGGGUGGCUUUUAAUAUCGUUGAAUCUGAUUAAAAGUGCUUCUUUGGCUAGAUUGGGUCCGUAUUUAGUUUUGGAGAACACCAAGGCCUUCUGUGUCAUAAAUCCUACACAGUACGGCCUAUAGCAUUGACAGCUAAUUUCCCAUAAUGUUCUUGGUGGAGGCUAACUAUUGCUGAACAAAAUCUCUCAUGCUUCCACUGCACAAUCACCAGUCUUUCUAAUACCUGUAGGCUUCUGUUGGGUGGGAAUGUUGAAGCUCUGUUACGAAUGAAUGCCACAUCAUGACAACAAUUGAGAACAUGUGCUCUGUAAAUUCAUUUUCAUUAAAUACCUUUAUCUGUGCUAGCUCCAUAGAGUUUAUUGGGUACCAUUUCACCCCAGGAGCAGUAUAUGAUUUCUCCAGUAGAGAUUCGGCAGGCACAAACAGAUCUUUUGAAGACCUUUCUAUGUAGAUAGGCCUGUGUAACUCUAAAUUAUUAUUUUUAAUCAACCAGUCAUUUCAAUAUUUUUUUUUUACUAUUUUCAUGGUGUUUUAAGUCAUAUUGCUGUACACCGCCGUAUUGUAUUGUACGAAUUGGCGUUGUAUGAAUACUUUUAUUAGUAAAUAAUGCUUUGUGUCUCUUACCUUGAAAAGCAUUUUCUACAAAAACCUAUCAGAAACUUUUGAUAGACAAUUUUAUUAAAUUCUGUAGGUAGUGGUGGUGAUUACCUCAGAAUCGGGCUCAGUAUUCUACCCAUUUUAUUACUGAGUAAUGAAACAGGAUCCACGACAUCAUUCCCCCAACUGGUUUCCUCCAGAUGUUUGGGACUACAGUUCCCAUAAGCCCCUGGCAGCACAGCCACACAUUAACUCAGUCCCACAUGUGGCAGAGCAGUAGAGUGCUUUUCAAUGUCCCAGGACACAAUCCUUUAUUUUUGCUUAAACAGACUUGGAUAGUCCAAUGAUCCAGAGCAUAUGGGAGUUUUAAGUGUAUCAGUAAUAGAAGUUUUGUUUGUGUGUUAAAAGAGAGGGAGUUGUGGAGAAGGUAGAUGCAUUUUAAUGUGCACUCUGCAUAUAACAGGCUGAGUUACAUAUCUUACGGGCCACGUACAAAAACCAGGUAUUCCAUGGGGUAUACUUUCAUUAACAAACGGUGUCAAACAAAGAACAAGGCUAAAUGAAAAUUGUCUUACACGAUCAGCCUAUGCUUGGUGUUUAAGUCCUAGAAACUCUAUAGAUUUCCAAGCAAGACUGAAGAAACCGGAGUUUGUUUGAAAAAACAGCCAACCAGCCAACUUUAAGCCCUUCUGUUUUACUUAUGUAUCGUUGCAACUGAAUCAAAUACUAAUGCACGACUUACAGUGCCUUUAGGAAACCAAACUAUCUAUUCAAGAUUCUUCAGGCAUUCAAUAUGGCUAACUAAAAAUACAUAUUUUAGGGAAAUAAUGCAUGUAAAACACAUUUCCCCCCCAUGAUUAUUAUUAUUUUUAAUCUAUGGGGGGGGGACAGAACAAUUUGCUGCAAAAUUGACACAGAAAUUAAAUUGGUUGAUCUGUUCACCCCUGUUAACAACAUGACAAACCUUUGUGGCACGUAGAUUCAGAACAUUACUUUGAGCACAAAAACAUAUUUAAUUUUGCCACAGUUACCUAGUUCCGCUCAAUUGUUUUGUGGCAACUGAUUGGAAUAAUAAUAAUAAUAAUAAUAAUAAUAAUAAUAAAUUUAUUUAUAUCCCGCCCUCCCCAGCCGAAGCCGGGCUCAGGGCGGCUAACAACAAUAAAAUAAUACAACAUUCUAAAAUCAUUUCAUUAUAGAAUUAAUUCAAAUCAAAUUGAUGGCAACCAUUGGGCUAGAGUUCUGUGAGGAUGACCAAAGGAGGGGGUCAGGCUGUGCCCUGGCCAAAGGCCUGGUGGAACAGCUCCGUCUUGCAGGCUCUGUGGAAAGAUAUCAAGUCCCGCAGAGCCCUAGUCUCUUGUGACAGAGCGUUCCACCAGAUCGGAGCCACAGCCGAAAAAGCCCUGGCUCUGGUUGAGGCCAGCCUAACCUCUCUGUGGCCUGGGACCUUCAAGAUGUUUUUGUUUGAAGACCGUAAGUUCCUCUGUGGGACAUACCAGGAGAGGCGGUCCUGUAGGUACGAGGGUCCUAGGCCGUAUAGGGCUUUGAAAGACAACUCUUUCUCUUUUGGGAUGUCACAGGCAUUCUGUAGAAUAUUAGGUGUUUGCACUUGGCCUCUAAGAUGCCUACUCUACCACACAAGGCAUUGUGCUGGAGAACAUACACUUUGCUGGGUGUUUGGGGUGUGUGGUCCAGAUUUACUAGGUAUUGUCUGAAUUGAACUGCCUGUCUCCCAUUCAGAUUCCUAACAUAUCUCUAUUACUCUGCAGCGGAAAAGCGAGUUGCCGUGGACGAUUCCAGUUCCCUUUAUGCAGGCAUCCUCAGCUAUGGGACUGGCUUUGUUCUUUUCAUCUUGGUGGCCGUGGUGGUGGUUAUCUAUAGAAUUAAAAGGCCCUCCAAAAAACCGAUUAGCACCACUACUGUUCAGAAAGUCUCCAAGUUCCCACUCAAGAGACAGGUAACAGAAAGUAGAUACAAGGUUCCUAUUCCUUCCUUAUAUCUUUCCUUCCCCUUUGCAAUCUUCUGUCUAGAUCAGAAACUUGCCCUGGUGAUUUAUGUCUCUGGAAGCUCUAAGUGAGAUCUUUGAACGCUGUUAGCAGGAAAUGGUUUUAUCCACCUAUUUUAUCUUUGUUUUCAUGAUUUAAAAACAAAACAAGUGUGUAAAAUAUGGCCUGAAAAUCUGGUGGUGAUUUAAAAUGUUCUGGUUUAUAGAUCCUGGUUUUCUUUAUCUGGUUCUGCUGAGCUCUGACAUUUAUAUAGUGUGUUAAACAGACCUGCUGGCUGAGAAAAAGGUGUAGACCUUUCCUGUUGGCAUAGUUCUGUGCUAGCAAAAGAAGACACAACUGAACAUGAUUCUGCCCCAAUGAUGUAAUUUGAAUACAGUAUUAGCCCUCUUUCUGGUGGGUGCUGUUGUGCAUAUGAAGUCUUGACCUCCACAUUGUGUAGCAGCAGAACUGGAGGCACAGGGAAGGUCAAGUACCAGUAGUGCAGGGCUCACCUGGUAUGGGAGAUGGCAGAUCUUGAAGGGGGCAAUUUUCCAUUUGCUAGACGUUUGUUUCUCCUUUGUUCGAGCUUCAAUCAUUGCUGCAUUAGCUGAAUCAAAAGUGGUGACUUCUCUAACAAUGAAGUCUUGAGAAAGCGGAAGUGUGGAGUCUCACUCUUGGGCUAUGUGUUUUUCCUAUGCACUGGAAAUGUUUUCUCAGGUGGGGAGAUCUUUGAUGGGAAGCAAUAGAAUCGCCACUGGCAGAGGUAGAUGGCUUGAGGAGCAGACCUAGGUUCUGGCAGGCUGAUAAUAUUCCAAGAGUUAGCAGAUUCACUCCAGUUAGAAGAUGAGACAGAUUAUAUUGCAUGUCUGCAUGUUGCAGCUAUUUCCCCUGUCAGCUAAACACCGUUGUGGAAUUUGGGAGCUGUGCUGAUUUAAAACAAAGUAUGAGGGACGCAGGUGGCAAGCCUAGGACUUGCCAAUCAGAAGGUCGGCAGUUCAAAUCCCGCGACGGGGUGAGCUCCCGUUGCUCGGUCCCUGCUCCUGCCAAUCUAGCAGUUCGAAAGCACGGCAAAAAGUGCAAGUUGAUAAAUAGGUACCGUUCCGGCGGGAAGGUAAAUGGCAUUUCCGUGCGCUGCUCUGGUUCGCCAGAAGCGCCUUAGUCAUGCUGGCCACAUGACCCGGAAGCUGUACGCUGGCUCCCUCGGCCAGUAAAGCGAGAUGAGCGCCGCAACCCCAGAGUCGGCCACGACUGGACCUAAUGGUCAGGGGUCCCUUUACCUUUUUAUGAGCUUGACAUUUGCAUAUUAAGAGAGGAAGAACCGUGUGUCCAUAUUGCAGAUUAUUGAAUGCAGCAAAGAUUCUUCAGCUAAUGCCCUUUUGCUAUUCUCUUUCUAUGACCUUAUAUGCUUCCUAAUAGAAGCUGUUGGCAAUAACACCUCCUUUGCUGUAUUCAAGCAGGUAUCUUUGGAGUCCAACUCCUCCAUGAAUUCCAAUACUCCUCUAGUCAGGAUCACCCGCCUUUCCUCCAGUGAUGGACCAAUGCUGGCAAACGUCUCAGAGCUUGAGCUGCCCGCUGACCCUAAGUGGGAACUGGCAAGGUCUCGGUGAGUAAAAUGUCGUUUUGAGCUGGUUGACUCUUAUUUAAGUCUUUAAUAUACCACCUUUCACACAGCAUCCCGAGUUACAUGCUGACGUCUUUGCUUGUGUGUUUUGCUUCAGCCUGACUCUAGGAAAGCCACUGGGCGAAGGCUGCUUUGGUCAAGUAGUAAUGGCGGAAGCAAUGGGGAUCGAUAAAGAGAAACCGAACAAGCCUAUCACUGUUGCUGUCAAGAUGCUGAAAGGUACUGAGAACAGAGAAUGGCAAGAACUAGUCUCCCACAGGCCUCUGCUCUCCAUAUUUUUCCUGAUUUUCAGCCCUCCCCUGGGUUCCUCUGCAUUGGUUUCUCCCAGGUUUCCCACCCAUAGCUGUCAACCGUCCCUUAUUUGGCGGGAAACUCCCUUAUCCCAGCGCCGUUUCCCGCUGCUGUCCCUUAUUGAUGAUGUCCCUUAAAUUUCCCGGGUUUCAAAGGAAGCAGCUCCUCUCCCUCCCUCCCUGCCGGCCAGGGAGGAGGGAGGCUCCAGUUGUGUUGCUUGGCUGCGUUGCUCACCCAAUAAGGAGUCUAAGAACGACUGGGGGGUGGAGCUUGCAUGCCUUGUGCCGAUCAAAUCAGCCGCGUUGCCUGGGGACUUGCCUUUGCUCAGUGCUUCCCAGCGGAGAGGUGACGGUGGUUUUCCUUGCUGCAUCCGCUUUGCCGGGUUGCUGCGCUGUGGGAACCACUGCUUGAGGCUUUGUUUGGCUGCUGGCUGGGCUUUCUGCCUUUGGCUCGGAGGGGCUCAGAAGUUGAACCUACCUGUGCUUGGAAAAUCCCUUAUUUCGGCUGCUGAUCCCUUAUUUUCAAAUCUGUAAGUUGACAGCUAUGUUUCCCGUCUGCUGUGCCAUCUCUCAGACUUCCGGGGCCCUGAUUAGCUUGCCCACCCCCUUGCCAAGCUGUCCUACCUCUUUAUAACCUUAUGUCAGGCUACACCCUCUCGUUCUUCUGCGACGAUUCCUCUAGUUUCACCUCACAAGUUGUCUUAAAAGAAAAGAAGCCCCAAUGGCUGCUUCUUGCCCUAUUUGUUUAUGUCUGUAUUUAUUUUCAAGCUGCUGAAAGGAAAGAAACACGAUAGAGAGGAAAUAGUAAGCAGUGUAUGCAUAGCUGUCAACUUACAGAUUUGAAAAUAAGGGACCAGCAGCCUCGAAAAUAAGGGAUCAGCAGCCAAAAUAAGGGAUUUUGGCUUAGCUUAAACAUCAAUCCGCCACUGAUGGAGCCAUGCUGCUUGGGCUGCGACUGACUGUGUUUUGCAGAGGGUUGGACUAGAUGAUCCUAAGGGUCUACAACUCCGACCAAAGAAAAGUGGCAGACAAAACUGAUGAACGACGCCCAGAUGGCAAAGCUUACAGGCAGAAUUAGAAACCAGGAAGAGGACCUCUUUAAUAAAGAAUGGGGAAAGUUUAUAAUUUAGUUGAAAAGCUAUUGUCAAGAGUUACAUACAUUGGUAGGAUUGACAGAAAACUUGUAGUAAAAAUUUGAACUAUGGAUGGACAAAUGAUUUAUAAAAAUAGAGUUAUGAAAGGGACGCAGAGGGGGAAAUCACUACAUUAAGAUGCUGCACUGGUUGGAGGGGAUGCUAAGCAGCAUGUCGUGGCGGAAGUCUCGCAAGAGAGGGGCUGCCUGCCCGCCCGCUGCCACCCGUCUCCUCACAACGCGCCCCUGAGGGGGAAAAGGGAGAGACAGAGACGCGGCAGCUCGUGCACACUCUCUCUCGCAGCGGAGGACCCCGAGCCGCUGCUUCCCUCUCAAGCCGGGCGAGCAUGAAACCCGGGAAAUUUAAGGGACAUCAUCAAUAAGGGACAGCAGCGGGACACGGCACUGGGAUAAGGGAGUUUCCUGCCAAAUAAGGGACGGUUGACAGCUAAGAGUGUAUGGGGUGCAGGAAUAAUUUAAUUCAAAUUGGUGGCUCUCCUCAUCCUUCAACCAGGAGUCGUAUAUUAACAUUAUUAAUAUUAUUUCUGUUGUGACAGUUUUGAAACGUUGUCAGUGUUUAAGCAGAAGAGCAGCUCUACUUGACUGGGUUCAUCCAGCUCCUUCUCCUGCUUAAGCAUGCCACUGAAAAGUGAGGUUCCCCCACCACAUUUCACCAGAACUCCUAUCUUUGUAAAUGAAGGGAUAUACGUUUUAUAUAAAAUCAUAUAAAUUUGGCAUAGUAAUAAUAAUUUUAUUGAAUUAUUGGAAGGCCUUACCAGGCACCUGAGCCCAUUGUAUGGUGUAAUCCAGAGUUCCCCAAACUUGGGACUCCGUCUGUUUUUGAACUACAAUCCCCAUCAUCCCUAGCGGGCAGGAUCAGAUCUGGAAGCAUCCUUUAAUUCACCAAGUUGGUGUACCUGGCUUAGAUGAGAGGCACCUCAUGGGGACAGAGGUUGCUGGUCAUAUAUGCAGCCAGUUCCAGUGCAAAGCAGCCAACGAAGAACUUGGGGUGUUCUUGAAGUAUAUGCACCAAAGUCUGAGUAGACAUGGGCUGUAUGGCAACGAGUGAAUUCCAUCCAUGGCACAUAAUAAAACUCUGCUUUUCCUGAUUGCGUCUCUUCCCUUUCCUGUAUAGAUGAUGCCACGGACAAAGAUCUUUCCGACUUAGUCUCAGAAAUGGAAAUGAUGAAGAUGAUUGGGAAGCACAAGAACAUCAUUAAUCUCUUGGGGGCCUGCACACAGGAUGGUAUGUUCCCAGGGCUCAUGGUUGUGGCGGUUGAUGAAGGUGGUCAUAUUAUACAUACUGUUGCCUGGUCUGUUUUCAGUGUUUAUAAUUUGCAUGCAUGCUCUCCCUCAUGCCUCUUUGCUGCAAUCUCUGUGAGAAGCCGAAAAUCUUCCGUUCUGGAAGAGACGUGCCAGAUUGUUGUUGUUUAGCCGUUUAGUCGUGUCUGACUCUUCGUGACCCCAUGGACCAGAGCACGCCAGGCACUCCUGUCUUCCACUGCCCCCCGCAGUUUGGUCAAACUCAUGCUGGUAGCUUCAAGAACAGUAUCCAACCAUCUGGUCCUCUGUCGUUCCCUUCUCCUUGUGCCCUCCAUCUUUCCCAACAUCAGGGUCUUUUCCAGGGAGUCUUCUCUUCUCAUGAGGUGGCCAAAGUAUUGGAGCCUCAGCUUCACGAUCUGUCCUUCCAGUGAGCACUCAGGGCUGAUUUCCUUCAGAAUGGAUCGGUUUGAUCUUCUUGCAGUCCAUGGUUAUUGUUUUCUCCCAAGAAGCAGGCGUCUUUUAAUUUCGUGACCGCUGUCACCAUCUGCAGUGAUCAUGGAGCCCAAGAAAGUAAGAUCUCUCACUGCCUCCAUUUCUUCCCCUUCUAUUUGCCAGGAGGUGAUGGGACCAGUGGCCAUGAUCUUUGUUUUUUGAUGCUGAGCUUCAAACCAUAUUUUGCGCUCUCCUCUUUCACCCUCAUUAAAAGGUUCUUUAAUUCCUCCUCACUUUCUGCCAUCAGUGUUGUGUCAUCUACCACAGUCUAAAUGGGCUUCUGUUUAGUGGCUUAAAUGAGUUUCAUGGAUGCUUUGAGUCCUCUGCUAUAGACCAGGAGCAGGGGGCUUUUUCUGGCUGGCAGGCCAGAUUGUUACCUCCACAUCCCUUGGUGGACCAAAUUUGGUAGGUGGGCAGGACCUAUCAAACUAUACAGGGCUGUUGGCAUAUUUGAAAGGCCCCCAGUCCUUCCACCCACCUUGACACUGUCACCCUCUAAUUUGGCACCAUUGUUGCUGGGUUUUAUGUGUGUUUGUUUCAUCUGAGGGUGGUGGAGCACUCUUCUUCUCUUGCUUACAGCGCACCCACAUGUCACCGGUCUUCUCACAUCUACACCUGAUGUGUGGCUGGGGAGAUCCAGGAGACUGCCUGCCAACAAGCUGCGAAGUAAAGAGCCCAGUGUGUAAAUGGCUUCUAGCCUUGAUGGAGGCUCUGGUCUGCCUCCAUGGUCAGAUGCAAUAACACUUCUAAAUACCAGUUGCUGAAAACCACAGGAAGGGAGAGUAGUUAAAACGUUUUUCUUGAAACAGAUGACACUAUGAUGUAAUAAUAAUAAUAAUAAUAAUUUAUUAUUUAUACCCCGCCCAUCUGGCUGGGUUUCCCCAGCCACUCUGGGCGGCUUCCAACUGAAUAUUAAAAACAAUACAGCAUCAGAUAUUAAAAACUUCCCAAAACAGGUCUGCCUUCAGAUGUAUUUUAAAAGUAAAAUAGUUGUUUAUUGCCUUGGCAUCAGCUGGGAGGGCGUUCCACAGGGCAGGCACCACUACCGAGAAGGCCCUCUGUCUGGUUCCCUGUAACCUCACUUCUCGCAGCAAGGGAACCGCCAGAAGGCCCUCGGCGCUGGAUCUCAGUGUUCGGGCUGAACGAUGAGGGUGGAGACAUUGCUUCAGGUAUAUAGGACCGAGGCCGUUUAGGGCAUUAAAGGUCAGCACCAACACUUUGAAUUGUGCUCAGAAACGUACUGGGAGCCAAUGUAGGUCUUUCAAGACCGGUGUUAUGUGGUCUCGGCGGCUGCUCCCAGUCACCAGUCUAGCUGCCGCAUUCUGGAUUAAUCGCAGUUUCCGAGUCACCUUCAAAGGUAGCCCCACGUAGAGUGCAUUGCGGUAGUCCAAGCGGGAGAUACCCUAUUUUUUGCUCUAUAAGACUCACUUUUUCCCUCCUAAAAAGCAAGGGGAAACGUGUGUGCUUCUUAUGGAGCGAAUGCAGGCUGCGCAGCUAUCCCAGAAGCCAGAACAGCAAGAGGGAUCGCUGCUUUCACUGUGCAGCAAUCCCUCUUGCUGUUCUGGCUUCUGAGAUUCAGAAUAUUUUUUUUCUUGUUUUCCUCCUCCAAAAACUAGGUGUGUCUUGUGGUCUGGUGCUUCUUAUAGAGCGAAAAAUACGGUAACUAGAGCAUGCACCACUCUGACAAAACAGUCUGCGGGCAAGUAGGGUCUCAGCCUGCAUACCAGAUGGAGUUGAUAGACAACUUCCCUGGACACAGAAUUGACCUGCUCCUCCAUGGACAGCUGUGAGUCCAAAAUGACUCCCAGGCUGCGCACCUGGUCCUUCAGGGGCACAGUUACCCCAUUCAGGAUCAGGGAGUCCCCCACACCCACCCGCCCCCAUCCCCCCAAAACAAUACUUCUGUCUUGUCAGGUCUGAACACUCAUCCCCCAACACCACUUGCGAGCAUUGGAGCAGCCAGGAGACUUCUGCAUUUGCCUGCACUUGGACCUCAGGUCCUUCUUGGUAGCCCUCCUGCCAUCGUCAGGAAAACAGGAUUUCUCUUAGCUGCACAGCCCUUUCUGAUGAGCAGCAUGGAAGUAUUCCGACCCAGCUGGACCCAAAAGUGCCUCUUCUCUUGUGUUUUCUCUAUCUAAAGCUGUCACAGUAGUCACUGCUCUGCCCAUCAUUAAUGCAUCCAUUCUUUCUUUUUUAAAAAAAAAAAAAAUUAUUCAAAAUUAUAACAAGACAUAUUAUCCAAAAACAUAUCAUCCUUGUUUUUCCCCCCAUUUUUCCUCACUCCCCCCCUCCCACACAACCCACCCCCACCCCCGACUUCCCUCAGUUCCAGUCUUUGGUUUCUCUAAGAAUGCUGUUUUCUGCAUGUUACAAAGUUGUAUAGAUCCUCAAACUAUUUAGCUGAUUAUUAUCAAUAAAAAGUUUGUGAAUGUUUAUUCAAGGAGUCCAGUUCGCUUUGUUGCAUCUUCAGAUACUUUGUAAAGGGUUCCCAUUCAUCCUUAAAGUCACAGUUAUCCUUGUCCCGUAGCUUAUAUGUCAGUUUUGCCAGUUCUGCAUAGUCCAUCAGUUUUUCUUGCCACGAUUCUUUAGUUGGGGUUUCUUCAGUCUUCCAUCCUUGUGCUACCAGAACUCUCGCAGCCGUUGUCGCAUACAUGAAGAUGUUUUUCAACUUUUUUGGCAGGUCUUUCCCUACAAUUCCCAACAAAAAUGCCUCGGGUUUCUUAACAAAUGUUAAAUGGAACACUUAAUGCAUCCAUUCUGAAGUGCCUGCCUUCUAGACUCAGAGGGGGAGGAACAAGCCAGGAUACAUGCAGAAAUAUCUUCUUGCCACUCAUCAGAAUGGUAGCUUGUCAGCACGAAAGAGUUCAUUUUGGAUAAAAAUAUAUUGUUUUUACUCCAGGUCCUCUCUAUGUGCUGGUGGAAUAUGCAUCAAAGGGGAACUUGCGAGAAUACCUUAGAGCCCGCAGGCCACCUGGCAUGGAUUACUCUUUCGAUACCUGCAAGCUGCCUGAGGAGCAGCUAACAUUUAAAGACUUAGUCUCCUGCGCCUACCAGGUGGCACGAGGGAUGGAGUACCUGGCAUCUCAGAAAGUAAGUAGCGUGCAGCUUUAUAAGAAACUAGGGGUUGUCCCCCUAUUUGCCAACUCCACCCAGCUCUCCAUCUCCCUAGACCUUGCUGGAGGACAAAAUCCCAAGAAAAAUCCCUUAGACCAGGUGCAAGGAAUAAUAAUAAUAAUAAUAAUAAUAAUAAUAAUAAUAAUAAUAAUUUAUUAUUUAUUCCCCAGCCACUCUGGGUGGCUUCCAACAAAAAUACAAUAGUCUGUCAAACGUUAAAAGCCUCCCUAAACAGGGCUGCCUUCAGAUGUCUUCUAAAAGUCUGGUAGUUGUUGUUCUCUUUGACAUCUGGUGGGAGGGUAUUCCACAGGGCGAGUGCCACUGCUGAGAAGGCCCUCUGCCUGGUUCCCUGUAACUUGGCUUCUCGCAGCAAGGGAAGCGCCAGAAGGCCCUCGGCGCUGGACCUCAGUGUCUGGGCAGAACGAUGGGGGUGGAGAUCCUCCUUCAGGUAUACUGGACCAAAGUCCUUUAGGGCUUUAAAGGUCAGCACCAACACUUUGAAUUGUGCUCGGAAACGUACUGGGAGCCAAUGUAGGUAUUUCAAGACCGGUGUUAUGUGGUCUCGGCAGCUGCUCCCAGUCACCAGCCUAGCCGCCGUAUUCUGGAUUAGUUGUAGUUUCCGGGUCACCUUCAAAGGUAGCUCCACAUAGAGCGCAUUGCAGUAGUCCAAGCAAGAGAUAACCAGAGCAUGCACCACUCUGGCGAGACAGUUUGCGGACAGGUAGGGUCUCAGCCUGCAUACCAGAUGGAGCUGGUAAACAGCUGUCCUGAACACAGAAUUGACCUGCACCUCCAUGGACAGCUGCGAGGGGCACAGUUACCCCAUUCAGGACCACGGCGUCUUCCACACCUGCCCGCCUCCCGCCCCCCCAAAACAGUACUUCUGUCUUGUCAGGACUCAAUCUGUUAGCCACCAUCCAUCCUCCAACCUUCUCCAGACACUCACACAGGACCUUCACCGCCUUCACUGGUUCUGAUUUGAAAGAGAGGUAGAGCUGUGUAUUAUCCACAUACUGAUGGACACUCAGCCCAAACCCCCUGAUGAUCUCUCCCAACACGUAGAUGUUGAAAAGCAUGGGGGAGAGGGCAGAACCCUGAGGCACCCCACAAGUGAGAGCCAUGGAGUCUGAACACUCAUCCCCCACCACCACUUUCUGAACUUGGCCCAGGAACCUUUUUGGCUCUCUCCUCAUAGGUCAACAUUAACAGAUGGGCGGGGCAAUCCACAUGUCAAUAAUGUGGUGUUAUUGUGACCUCACACGAUUGGUGGGUUGCCCACCUGUCUAAAUCCCAGCAUCAGAGGUUAAAAGGGGCAGUGCAGGAAGACUUUGCAAAGCCCACCCCUCGCUGAUACUUGCAACCUUUUGCAAUUCCCCUCAACUCCUCCUUCACACUCUCAAGGUUGAAGGUGCAAAAGAAAAGAGCAAGGAAGAUCAGCAACCUCAGCUACCUCCCUCCCAUCAACAAACAGGUUGCUACAAAGCAGUUCAUUCUGCACAAAGGAUUAAAUGGCACCCCGCUGCCUUGAACUUAGAACAGAUGAUGCAGCGGCUCAUAAACUGUUAUGUACCGAAGUUCUCACCCUGGGCCAGCAGGGGGAUACUGUAGAUAGUUAUGCAAAUGAAGGAUCAAAAGUGACGUUCAGUGUUUGGAUAGUUUCAGAAAGUUGCUACAGUUACAUUGUUCUGGAGCUCUAUAUAAGCAGGCUGACUGAGCCCUUCAGUUCAGCUCUGUUCUGGCCUUUGAAUAAACAAGAGCUGUUUGAAGAAUCGCUGUGUCAUCUGAUAUGUUCGCCCACAACUUAACAUAAACAAUAUAUGGUCGUUAUUUCAUUUUGUAAACAUCUUAUUCAAUGCACGUUUCUUGGGUCCCACCCCCCCAUUCUUUUUCAGUGUAUCCAUAGGGACUUGGCAGCUAGAAAUGUUUUGGUCACAGAAGACAAUGUGAUGAAGAUAGCUGACUUUGGCCUUGCCAGAGAUGUUCACAACAUUGAUUAUUACAAGAAGACAACCAAUGUGAGUGAAAAGCUCUCAAACGUGAAGCUAUUCUGGCUACUUAAAGAGCUGGACAUCUUGUGGGCAUUAAAUAGCUUUGCCUUGCAUUCUUUUUUAGCAAUUCAGGUGAAAGUGAGGUCCUGGGUUUUACUUGAAUGUUCACUGUAUUCCGUUUUGUAAGUCAGUAACUCAGUUGGCUUCUGAGAGAGAGAUUAAUACAACUUGUUACACACAUUCUGGACACCUUGCAGUUUCAAGUCCACAAACAAAACCCAAUCUAAUUUUGUUCAGUACAGUGGUACUUGCCUCGCAAGACAAAAAACUCGCUAGACGAAAGGGUUUUUUGUUUUUUGAGCUGCUUCGCAAGAUGAUUUUCCCUAUGGGCCUGCUUUGCAAGACGGAAACGUCUUGCAAGUUUGUUUCCUUUUUCUUAACACCGUUAAUACAGUUGCGACUUGACUUCGAGGAGCAACUCAUAGAACAUGGUGUGGUAGCCUUUUUUGAGGUUUUUAAAGACUUUGGUGAUUUUUGAAGCUUUUCCAAAACUUUCCCGACACCGUGCUUCGCAAGACGAAAAAAAUCGCAAGACAACAAAACUCGCGGAACGAAUUAAUUUCGUCUUGCGAGGCACCACUGUAUAGGCUAGAAAUAACACAUUUAUUCUUAAACUAACAUUAAAAACUAUCCCAACUUUCAGAAAAACAUUUCUGACCAAAGGUGAGAAUUCAUAUAUAUAUAUAUACUACAAACAGAAAAGGGAUCUAACAAAGGAAUUAUUCAAAAGUCAAACUUCUUCAGCCAUGUGAUUUAUUCAUUUUAACUGAGAAGUAUUCGCAGUUUCGGCUGCAUCUGGCAAUAGGUAUAGCUGUACUGGGCAAAUACUCAGUGCUUUUUUUCUGGGCGUACUCAAGGUUGCACAGUACUGGUACCUUUUUUUCAAAUGUUAAAAGUGUGGCACAAUUGGAAUGAAUUUCAGGAACCAAAAUGUUUUUUCAGUGCAGCCUGAGCAGGAGCAGUGAACGAGAUUAUAGUUGAUUGUUGUAGCUUAUCUUCACUUACCCCACCCUGCUCACAGUUGUGAAGAAUAUUCCUACACUAUGAAUGGUCCGUGUCACCAUUAAGAAAAAGAGGUAGGAAUAGAUCAAUAUAUAUGUGGACUAUCCCUGGACCAAGUGACUUUCCUUCAAGUUCUCAAAGUUCUUAACCUAGCUCAAGGUAGUCAUCUGAAAUAGCCGGACAUUUAACUGAGAAUCAAUCACAGUCAGCCCAUCAUUUGAAAAAUAAGACUUUAGAGUCGUCUUACCACCAAAAUGGCAACUAGGCAUUCUGUUUUGGAGACUGUAACCUUGGUUUAAGGAGCCAUUUGUGCCUAGCUUAUACCGUAUUUUUCGCCCUAUAGGGCGCACCGGCCCAUAGGGUGCACCUAGUUUUUGGGGGGGGAAAUAAAGGGGAAAAAUUAUUUUUCCCCCAGGUGCGGGGCUGGGGCGGGGGAAGCCCGAGCUUCCCCCGACCCCAGCCCCCAGAACAGGCUGCUCUCCGUAAGCCGUGGGAGGGCUCCCGCGGCUUGCGCAGAGCUACCCGAAGCCCGGGCGCGACUGCUCAGCACGCCCAGGCUUUGGGAUAGAGGCAACUCUGCGCAAGCCGUGGGAGCCCGGCGGGAACUCCUGCGGGCUCCCAAGGCUUGCGGAUAGCUUCCUGAAUCCUGGAGAGCGAGAGGGGUCGGUGCGCACCGAUGCCUCUCGCUCUCCAGGCUUCAGCAAAAGCCUGCAUUCGCCCCAUAGGACACACACACAUUUCCCCUUCAUUUUUGGAGAGGGGAAAGUGCGUCCUAUAGGGCGAAAAUACGGUAUAUCUGCGUUCCUAACUUCACUGUACUCAAAUACAGUCGUAUCUUGGAAGCCGAACGCCUUGGCUCCUGAACAAAUCGGUUCCCGAACGAUCGAAACCCGGAAGAGUGUUCCAGUUUUGGAUGAUUUUCGGAAGCUGAAUGUCCGGUGCAGCUUCCGAUUGGCUGCAGGACGUUCCUGCAGCCAAUCGGAAGCUGCAUUUUGGUUUUCGAAGGGUUCUGGGAGUCGAACGGACUCCCGGAAUGCAUUCUGUUUGAAAACCAAGGUACCACUGCACCAUCUCAUACUGUGUUGUGUUUGUGGCUGCGAAGCCUUUGCCUCCACACUGCCUGUGUCAGGGAGGAGGGAAAGAGUGUGGUCAGAGGGUUAGGAGAGAAGGGCGGCAGAGACAGCGUAGUGGCUAAAGCCUUCUCCCAUGACCCCUUGAGGUGAGGGAUGUCGUAUGACUUCAGGGCACUAAACACCUUGCACGGAAGGAUGCAAUUAGUAUGAAGAGAAAGUAAUUGUGGACUGUGGGGGUCAAAUAGCUUGAUCAGUUCACCCAUGUUCAUUAUUUGUUUGGCCUGGUCACUAAGGAAAAUGUUUCAGGCUGGAUUAUAGUUGAAUGUUCAGUUGGUGCCAGAAUGGCUGGGUGAAAUUGCUGAUGGAUCUUUCCUUUUCAUCUCCCUAAAUUACAGGGUCGACUGCCUGUGAAAUGGAUGGCUCCAGAAGCAUUGUUUGACCGUGUGUAUACGCACCAGAGUGAUGUGUAAGCACUGCCCGCGUUUUUAAACAGCGAAAGCAAAAAAAGCGAAACACAAAAGUCAUGGGAACAAUUGUAAUGCCAAGCUGAGACGGGAUCUUGUCAAUAUGUGCAUGAAUAAUUUUGAAUUCACCGAUGUAGUGGAAAACUUAACAAAGAGUAAUAGACAGGCUGUCAGCUACCUGAUUAAAUGCUCAUCUUAAUUUCAGACUAGGUGUCUGGGAUUUCUAUUGAGCUGCCUCAACAGAGAUCUGCAAGUGCCUAGUAAAAAAAAAAUAUGGCUCAGGCAAUUAGUCAUUCUAUUGAUGACUUGUUAGCUGUGCAUGGCUGCCCAGAAACAAAACAGAAGCCCCCACCUUCAUCUCCUUUCCCAAAAGUCUCAUUGAAUUCUAAAACCUUUGGUUCCCAGAUGGUCCUUCGGAGUGCUGCUAUGGGAGAUCUUCACUUUGGGAGGGUCCCCCUACCCAGGAAUUCCAGUUGAGGAACUCUUCAAACUCCUAAAGGAAGGCCAUCGCAUGGAUAAGCCAGCAAACUGCACCCACGAUUUGUAAGUUGUCCGUCUGGAAACAACUUCCAUUUUUGUAAGACAUGUUUCUGAGUCUGAGGAGAAGGGGGUGUCUUUAAUUCAACUGCUUCAGUCCCACAUUCUCUCUCUUUGUGUGUGUAUCUCUUGGUGCCACCUCUACCUCAAUCCCUGCUAUGAAGGGUCUUCUUCCUGCUUUCAUGUGCACACACACACACACACACACAGUAAAGGUUUCUUGAUGUUUUGAUAGCCACGUAAGGCUAUUGCUAUGCCAUGAUUGAGAGUUGGGCUAGACUCAAAAGUAGGGUGAAGUCAACCAACCAACCAUAGAAACUGCAGCUGAUGCCUUCAAUAAAAUACUAUAAGGCAGACUUACUUGCAACUGGUUGUCUUGACUCCAUUUUGAGUCCAGCCCAACUCUCAGUCAUGGCAUAGUGAGCAACACAAACCUAUUUUCCACCAGGCUUAGUUGGACUUUGAAUGCACAUGGAAUGAUUGUGAGCCGUGAGAACAAACCAAAGCACACAAUAGAAAUGAAAAAAGUGGGGAGGGAGGAGGAAAGAAAACAUUGGUGCAGCUACUCCUUCUCCAAUCAGUGGAAGGGACCAGGCUGGUCUCCUUCCUGACAGGACGAUCUUCCCGGGGGAGAGGCUCUCUCAGGGGCUCUUGGACUCUGGCCAUGGUGUGCCUCCCUUCAGCUUCACAGUGAUGAGUAGCAAUGAGUGAUUGAAACUCUUUUAUUUCCUUUCAUUUUAAGCCGACCGCUCUUUGGUGAAUCAUUAGAAAGUCUGGCCGUGUGUGUGCACAUGCAUGCAUAAAAACAAGGAACCGUUCCAGUCCUUUUGUCCGUUUUAUAUCUCUCGCUGCUGUUUCGUAGGAUAGCGUUUGGCUCAAGCUUCGGUUUCACGGCCUUCCAUUUCUUUUUGAGUGUAAGAUUUUGGAAUCCCGGCGAAUGCCCAUGUCCUUCCUAAACAUUUGCCCUAUAUUCUCCCUUUCCCCAGGUACAUGAUUAUGAGGGAGUGCUGGCAUGCUGUUCCUUCCCAGCGGCCAACCUUUAAGCAACUAGUUGAAGACCUGGAUAGAGUCCUGAUAGUGACCUCAACUGAUGUGAGUAUUGCCUUACUUUCUGGCACGCUGGGGCUAAUUUGCACCUGCCUCUCAAAGUUUAGAUGCUUUAUUCAAACAUGCAUGAGUCUUAAAGAAAUAAAACCUCGAUAUACAGUGGUACCUCGCAAGACGAAUGCCUCGCAAGACAGAAAACUCGCUAGACGAAAGGGUUUUUUGUUUUUUGAGCUGCUUCGCAAGACGAUUUUCCCUAUGGGCUUGCUUCGCAAGACGGAAACGUCUUGCAAGUUUGUUCCUUUUUCUUAACACCGUUAAUACAGUUGCGACUUGACUUCGAGGAGCAACUCAUAGAACGCGGUGUGGUAGCCUUUUUUUGAGGUUUUUAAAGACUUUGGUGAUUUUUGAAGCUUUUCCAAAACUUUCCCGACACCGUGCUUCGCAGGACGAAAAAAAUCGCAAGACGACAAAACUCGCGGAACGAAUUAAUUUCGUCUUGCGAGGCACCACUGUACAUUUCCAAAAUAUAAGAUAAAAGACAAAUAAAAUAAAACCUACAUACAGCAACAGUGUUUUGGGUAGCGUAGGCUCCUAUGAUGUAAGUCAUGGGUCCCGCCUGCUAGCCUGCUCCCUAAAAUAUCGCUGGUGUGCUUAUUUCUAUAUAUUGGGUGCCUAUUCUGGUUGCUUGGCAACAUGUGCAAAUGGCUUUAGAUACCUAUCAGGUCCAUAAAUUACCAUAUAGCAUAUAUUCAGCACACAAAAAGCGACAAUUUGUUGUUGACAAAGGACAGCUGGACAUAUAAAGGGCCCCAUUACCUUCAGUAGCUUAGGGCCUCAUCAAACCUAAAUCCGGCCCUGCCUGCAGCAAACUCUGCUCCCUUCUGCUUUGCCCCUGCCCCGUCUCGGUAAACUGCAAUGGCGUGUGGCAUUGUGGGAAAUGAGGUCAGCAAUGCAACCACUACCAGUGCUUGGAAUCAUCGCAGCCCUCACCACAGAUCUUCAUGGGCAGAGACCAGGGUAUUUUGCAACCAAGAUGUGGAACUCCCAGUUCUAACCUAAUAAUAAUAAUAAUAAUAAUAAUAAUAAUAAUAAUAAUAAUUUAUUAUUUAUACCCCGCCCAUCUGGCUGGGCUUCCCCAGCCACUCUGGGCGGCUUCCGAAAAAAUAUUAAAAAACUGUAAUACAUCAAACAUUAAAAGCUUCCCUAAACAGGGCUGCCUUCAGAUGUCUUCUAAAAGUCUGGUAGUUGUUGUUCUCUUUGACAUCUAGUGGGAGGGUGUUCCACAGGGAGGGUGCCACUACCGAGAAGGCCCCCUGCAUGGUUCCCUGUAACUUGGCUUCUCGCAGUGAGGGAACCGCCAGAAGGCCCUCGGUGCUGGACCUCAGUGUCCUGGCAGAACGAUGGGGGUGGAGACGCUCCUUCAAGUCUACUGGACCGAGGCCGUUUAGGGCUUGAAAGGUCAUCACCAACACUUUAAAUUGUGCUUGGAAACGUACUGGGAGCCAAUAUAUGUCUUUCAAGACUGUUGUUAUGUGGUCUCGGCGGCCAUUCCCAGUCACCAGUCUAGCUGCCGCAUUCUGAAUUAGUUGUAGUUUCCGGGUCACCUUCAAAGGUAGCCCCACGUAGAGCGCAUUGCAGUAGUCCAAGCGAGAGAUAACCAGAGCAUGCACCACUCUGGCAAGACAGUCUGUGGGCAGGUAGGGUCUCAGCCUGCAUACCAGAUGGAGUUGAUAGACAACUUCCCUGGACACAGAUUUGACAUGCGCCUCCAUGGACAGCUGUGAGUCCAAAAUGACUCCCAGGCUGCGCACCUGGUCCUUCAGGGGCACAGUUACCCCAUUCAGGACCAGGGAGUCCUCCACACCUGCCCGCCUCCUGUCCCCCAAAAACAGUACUUCUGUCUUGUCAGGAUUCAACCUCAAUCUGUUAGCCGCCAUCCUAACCUAACCUAAGGCAUGAGAUAUCACUACAAAAGAGUCACCGAUUUCUCCCUCUCUUAUUAUCCGUGCCAUUGUUCUUCUUGCAGGAGUACAUUGACCUGUCGGUGCCUUUUGAGCAAUAUUCGCCUGCUGAACAGGAUACCCAGAGUGCCUGCUCUUCAGGAGACGACUCUGUAUUUGCACACGACCUUCUCUCCGAUGAGCCCUGUCUUCCCAAACAGCAAGGAAACGGCAUCAUCAGGACAUGAUGGCAGACACCCGCAAGGAAGAGACUCGUGAAUGUACGUUUUUGGGGAAGUCCGGGAGAAAAACCUGAGGAAGGAUUUCAUUGCUCUGCUCCGUGGCGCAGAAGAUUUGUAUUGCCGCGAAGCCGUACAAAUUCCCCCUGUUUUGUUAUUUGAAAAACCGAACCAGCGGCAGCACUGUUUGGUCCGAAGGAACGAAUUUUGUGCAGGUUAGCAGCAUUCAGGCAGAGAAUGCCUUACCUAGAGGGUGCUGAACCCGCAGCCUCCAAUCAGAUUUCCACUGUGAUUUUUUUGUGCCUGCAGUGCCAGGGUGGGACGUGGGGUUUGUUUUUUUCAUCUUUUAAAGAGAAAAGCACGUAAAGAAUGUAGGAAUUCCUUUUCAGAAUGCAAUCAUCACAUUAAUCUUUUCGGUGGAGCUCGGAAGCCCCAUUGCCUGCAGGGAUUCAUACAUUUAUGUAAAUAUAUUUGGGAAUAUAUAGAUAUAUAUUCACCAUCCGCUUUGGAGGAAUUUGAAAGCCAUUCUGAAGAGUUCGCCGCUCUUAAAAAGUAUUAGUCCACUUAAAAAGUUGCCUUGGAUUGGCCACAGUGAAGAAUUAGCUGCAUCUUGCACUAACGUCAGGAACAGAUUAAAAUAAUAUAUGCAGACAGGAAAGAACUUGACUGGAGGUGUUGCAAGGUGUAAUUAAAAAAAAACGGGGGGGGUCACUUUUUGUGUAUGAGUGCAUUGUGGUGAACUUGUUCUAUAUUUUCCCAGCGGGUUGCUUAUAUAUUGUAAGCAGCGUUGGACCCAAAUCUUGCUACGUGCUCUAUUUAUUUUUCUGACUUUCCAGUGUGUUUAGAAAUUCUACAAUGGGGCGUCAAAUUUCUCGCAACGAAUUUCCACAACCUUUUCCCCCAAAGGUUCUUUUCCUCUACCAGCAGAUACUUGGAGAACGUAAUUACGGGUACCUGUAAACAAAGCUCCUUUUAACGUAUCACAAAAAGUUCCUAUUCGCUCGCGUUGUUUUUAUGUAUGUUUGCAUGUGUGUGGAAACCAUUAAUGCAGCCGCUAGCCAGACGGAAAGAGAAUUUCUACAAGACUGAAACCUUUCUAUCUAGAACAUACUGAUUUAAGAGGGUGGUUGUUGUUUUUUAUCUCGCCUGCUUUCUUGUGUUUUUAAAAAAUUAUAUUUUAACAUCAUGUAUAUUUGUAAAAUUAUUUAUAGAUAUUAACAUAUUCUGUUCCUCGGUUUAAAUUGUUUAGUGUUAAUGUAUACAUUAAUUUUUUCACAAAAUCUGAGGUUUUAACUUAUUGAAAGUAUGGGAAGAUAAAUUAAUCAAUAUUUUUCUUCUGAGUUUGUGGGAAAUAUUAAAAGAAUGUAUAGCUGUACAGUCGUAUAACAAAUCACUGUUAAUACUAGAUUUUUCUUUUCAAAUAAAACAAAUAAGUUUUCCCUGGGUUGCAGUAAGUAUAUAUGCAUUCUGUAAUACAUUAGUGUUAAAUCCAAACAGAUGGCAGCAGAGAUUAUUUUUACUUCUGUGUAAGAACCAAGAAAUCUUUCAUCGCUUUUACCACUGUGCAUUAAGGGAGGGGGUGGGAGUGAGUGCAUUUUUUAUAUUUUUUGAAUGAAGGUGUUCUUUGUGGUGGACUUGAUGACAGGUAUGCAGCGAAGCUGAAAGUUGACUGCAAAUGAUGAGUGUGUUUGAGGGGUUUUCCCCCCUCUUACCAGUCCCAUUUAUAUUUUCCUGCUGGAGAAAUGGGGAUAAAAUAAUAUUUAAAUUAUAAGUAAGGAAAGUUUGAUUGUAGUCUUUGAGCCUAACAUUUCAUUUGGAAGGGGAGGGGGAUGGCAACAGUGCCCAGUUUUGUACAUUGAAAAACUAUGUGUGCUAGACAAUUCUGUCAAAGCACUUUCGAUAACCAGGAGACAUACAAAAUGGAAUAAGACCAAUAGAAUUGUAAAUGCUAGGACCUUUUAACUCUUCCCACCACAGAGAAAGAUGUCUAUAGUGAUCCUGAGAUGUUUCUCUCUUCCAUCUCCAGAUCGUAAAUUUCACUGAAGUAACAAGAUAGUCCCCAUUCCAGUUUGCUACUCAUUCUAUAAUAAGGAUUUUAUCAAAAUAGUUAAUUUAUAGUGAAGUUUCAAAGAGGUUUUUUUAAAAAAUAUAUAUAUAUAUAUAUAUAGAUUUAUAUAGAUAACUACUUUUUGCAAUAAAGAAUUAUUGUAUUUUCCUACAGUGUAUGCUAGUUUUGUACAUUCCAAGAAUCUGAAAAGUUGCUGUUCAAUCCAGAACAAUGUACAAAUGUGUGCCUGAGUUCAUUUAGAUAUUAUAAAUAUAUAAGCGUUAUAUAUAAAUAUAUAUAAUUUAUUGAGUUUUUACAAAGAUGUAUUGUUGUAAACUUGCCCAGUCUUUUAACAUUCAGCUCUUAUGCAAUUUUAUAGCCAGGAUUUUAAAAGCUUAAACUUUUCUUUAAAUCUUUUUUAUGAUUGCUAUUAUUCCUGCUGAUUUCACAAGCUAUACGUUUACAUGAUUUGAUAUUUUGAGGAAAAGCUUCUUUAUCUUCUAGUUUCUGUAUUAUUAUGUUUGCUUGGCAGAUGCGGCUGCUAAAAGAUGUGAAACAAACCAACACUGCUUUGCCUUUGUUUGCCUGGCCUCAAAAUAAAAAAGGAAAGUUGAAUGUAA